GACGCGCGCGGCGGACGGCAGGGGUGGGGCCAGCGACUGGCGCUGUCAAGCGCAGCUCAGAGCCCGUGAGGCGGGGGAAGAACGUCGAGGCGCUGGCAGGUAACGGCCUGAGAGAGGGGCCGAGUGUCGAUGGCGGGGGCUCCGGCGGGCCUGAGGCGGCGCGGCCUUGGCUUCUGAGGGGAGUUGGGGGCGGCGAGGCGAAGUGAGGAGGGCCGCCCGCCGCCGCCUUUCCUGGCCUUCGGAGCGGGGAGCGAAGUGUCCUUGGCGCGACGCUGUUCGGAAUGGGGAGACCGACCGUGGUCGCGCGGGGGGUGGGGAGAGAGAGAGAGAGAAGGGGGUGACGGGAAGAGCGCGAGCGCCCCCUCCCCCCCUCAAGCCCACGUGGGAGCUGGAGCGCGCGCCAAGCCGGGACUCCCCUGAGUUCUCUCUGGGAGGCUGAGAGAGAGGGGGGGGGGGGAGAGAGGGAGGCUCGGGCGGCUGCCGGCUUCUCCCGACUUGCCUCGUUUCCUGUGUUAGCCGGGCGCGCUGGUUAGAGGGCGUGGAGAGGAUAUGGGGGUGUCUGGCUGCCUUGCCUCUGGGCUUACAGCCCUCUUCAAACCCCGGACAAUGAAGCCAAGGGCUAUUACGUCUGCAUGAGGGGUUGGGGGCGGGGGUAGGAAACAACGACGGGUUUGGGGGUUUUUUUUGGUGCUUCAAGCCUUUUUUGUUUUGUUUUGAAAGCUACCCUUUGAAAAAAGGAUUUUCUUAAAAAGAAAAGGGGGAGAAAGAAAAGAAGAAAGGUACUUUGGGCUACUAAAGGUUUUCUUUUUUUCAGCACACUCCUGUGCAUGCCUGCUUUAGUCCCACUGUCGAAACAAAAUAAAAAAAAAUCCCUUCCAGUAGCACCUUAGAGACCAACUAAGUUUGUUAUUGGUAUGAGCUUUCGUGUGCAUGCACACUUCUUCAGUUAGUCCCACUGUGUUCUCGCUGUAUGACCUGUUUCCAGGUGGGCGUGCACAGGGUUGUAGACUUGUUUAGUCACCCCAUCCCCAAACCGCCUCCUGAAAUGUGAUUUGUAGCAUGGUUAGGCAAGGGUAAUGAACAUGGUGAUACAGGUUUUUUUUCCCAGCACAUCCAUCCUCUGGUCCAUUCUGUAGCUGGGGUGCCAGCUGACAAAAAGGCCUCUUUUGUAACUACCCUUUGUUGGAGGUGGCAUUUGGAGAAGGUCAUUGGCAAAUUACUGGUACCUUAUCAUGAAGACAGGCAGGCUGGUAUGGGAGCAGGCAUGAAGUGCUUGGGUUCCAAACUUUUUUAGGGUUUUAAAAAUGAGCAUCAGCCUUUUAAAUGGGGCUUGGAAGUGAAUAAGUAGUCAUUGAUUAUUAUUUUUCCUUUUCAGCUGUUAUGCUUUUUGCCUAAUAAGUUUAAUGCCUAAGUACAGAUUUGAACUGUUCCCCAGUUUCAUGCUCACAAACCACUAUAAGUCUGGGAACCCUACAUUUGACUUCUUCCUCUGAGCUUAGAGGGGCCCAGUACCCAGAGAUAUGGAGAAGGAAGUUGUCACAUAAUGCACUUUCCCAUCAUAGCUAUGAUCAGCUGAGAUGUCCUGUGUUGUUUUAGGUGUUGCUAUCAUGAGAUGACCACCUUCUUUUAACAUUCAGAAAUAAUUCAGUCUGAGGAGUCAGCCACCUUCUGCAUCUGUGGUCAAAGUUUUAAUAGAGUUCUGUAUGUAAAAUCUAUGUCAGAAGAAAUCUGUUGGCCUGGCAUUUUCCAUCCUGAUUCGGUUGAUUACAAGAUGGUUCAUGAAGCACUGUAAGCAAUGUACAAUGUGAUCUUGAAUUUGGAGCUUUUUUUAGGUGCUGCUGUAAACUUUUCUGUCAGUUCUGUGACAGUUUUCAGUUAGUUCUUAGAUAGUCAAAACUAGGGACUUCUCUCUCAUACAAACUGUACUUCCAACUUUGGGCUGAAGUAUUUUUUCCUGCUCUCAUAACAGCCUGUUGUUGGUGUAUAUUGGGCAAAUAUACCAAGGCCUCUGCCGUUGACACAUAUCUGCUUCUGGUUACGUGACCAACUAUCACAUUUUUAAAACAUUCAGGCCUCUCAGGAAUGCUUCCAGCUAAUACAUUACACUGGAUUAGUGGUUGAGGUGGUUAUCAUAUAAUAAUCCUACAAGGAGCUGCAAAUUCCUCCUCUCCCCCCCCCCCCCAAUUUCCAGGGUGAAGAAAAGCUGAGUCCUCAUCUUCGCUCAAAAGCAGAUCUGUGGAAGGAAGGAAUUUAGGCAUAGAGUUUUCUGAAAAGUUUCACUCUGAGCUGAUAGUAGAGGGUUGCAUUUGUUCCUGCAGCCAGCCUCCAUGAAAUUUAUAACUCUUUAAGUUAACACAUUUCAGUAAGAGGGACUUGUGACUUCUUUGUUCAGAUGCAGAGCUUUGAAAGAAAUCCUAACAAAUAUAUUUCUGCAUGGACACAGAAUUUGUUAUAAAACAGAUAUAAUGGGAGAUACGAUAGCGGGAGAGCAUUAUUCUUUCACCAUAAUUUGUUAUCCAUAUAAGAGACAUGUCCUGCUGGACAUCAAUGAGGACUAGAGCACUGCAAAAUGACUUGGGUAAUAAAAGCUAAGUGAGCGAAGUAAAACUGAAGCACCAGAUUCUCUUUCUGUAAGAGUACAUUUACAUGCCAAGCAUAAUUGUUGUACAUACACUAGUGUUUCUUGCAGCAAACAUUGAAAUAAUGUGUCCUCGAACACCUGUGUACAUCCAUUGGGAAACAUCUGCCUAUUUGAAGGGUCUCAGGAACAUGUACUGUGUGUUCUUUAUAUUUGCUGCAGGAAUCUGCAGUUCACAGUAGUUACCUUUACCAUUUAAAGUGUGGAGGUACACUAGCCUUUUUGAUUAUCUUAUCUGUGAAUUGACCAUACAAGAGAUGACAACUCACUGAACUUGUACACUUUGUUUUUAAAAGGUAGGCUGCCACUCCUUUGUUGGCUCAUUGGCACAUUCUUGAUACUUCAACACCAUCUUUAGAAUAAAUAUUCUAAAUAAUGUAUCAUAGCACCAACCUCUUGCUUAACCAGUGGCUGUUAUUUUACUUAACCAAUCACUAAACAAAGUUUGGCUUGUUUAGUGGUUGGUUGUUUAUUCAAAUAUUCCCAGAUAACUCGCAUUGAUGGCUUGUAGAAGCUGUAAGAAUAUAGUUUUAAAAGGUCAGUAUAACUAUUAUAUACAUUUCAAUCUUCAGACUUUUUUGGGGGGGGGGACUAGAUUGAGGUUUUUCAGCCAUGAUACGGAAGAAAAGUAUCUUCCUGCCUAAAUAUCCACAUGAAGAUCCUUCCCACCUUUGUGAAGCUAGUUGGGGCUACUUUGCUCUGGGUUGGGAUGUUUCUCCAGCCAACUUCACAAAAGCUGUGGUAGGUGGAGGGGGGCUCUUCAUAAGAUCACCCAUAUCAACAUAUCAGGAAAUUAGAAAUUGUCCUAGAGGCCUUUGUGAAGACAAAGAGAGAGAUGGGUGCCCAAGUGUUUUUCAGCUUGUGCUGGACAGUUGAAGCCAAGUUGUAAGGCGGGAAAACUCCUGUUGUUCAAGAGCACACAAAAUAAGUUAGCUGUUCCUGGCUUAGAUGAAUUUCAUCAUUCUAAAUAGCUUAGCCAGGAAAAGCGCAGCUCAGUUAUUACCAGAUUAUGGAAAUAUGGGUUUAAAUCAUGAAUUUUAGUUAUUAUUUUGUUUGUAAGUACACACACCCUCUUUAAAAACAAAGGCUUCAGUUUUGUAAGUCAUGAUUCUCAGAAUACGUAUGCUUGCUAAGUGGGGUGCAAGAACAAAAAAGAUUGUCUUGCAACUAAUAAAAGUGAUUACUUAAAAAAAAAAACCUUUUAUCAAAUAGCUCGUGUGUGUUACGCACUUACCAUAUCUAUUGGAAGCAAGGAGCAGCGGAGCAAAAUAAUUAUUUAUUUAGCUUUAUCUAUAUGUUUAAGGGCACCAAAUAGGUCAUGUACUUAUAGCAGGAUCCAAAGAAUCAUAAACCUAGUUCUGUAAUGGCAAGGGAUUUUAAGUGCUUUCUUUUUCAUAGAAAAGCAGGGGAGGGUUUUGUUUUGUUUUGUUUUUUUUAAAGUACUGAUAUUUGUGCAGCAUUUAAAAAUUGGGGACAUUAGCUCAAAUUUUUCUGCUUGGUUAAUCAUUGAUUCAAUUUAAAGAACUGAUUGAUGUGUGUCCAAAAGAUGCAUGAUCGGCACCGAACCCAGAAGUGACCUGAAAACGUCACUGAACACUUCGCAAAAAGGGCAGGGUGUGCUGCACUUAUAUACGCCCCACUGGGGGGGCAGGGGGUGGGAAUGGGUACCCCACGUGAAAUGGUCAUCAACUGUAAAUGUAAGUUCUUUAAAGUCGAUCUGAAUUUAAUACAAUGUGACUUACAUUUUAAGUUCCACUUAAAAUUUUAAAAAAACCUUCUAUCGACCCUGACACAGUUGAAUACCAUAAGUGUACCGUAACUAGAAACAACAGAAACAUCUUCAAAUCAGGAAGUCAUUAUUAGUGAUCUUCUACCCUAAUUAAUGCAUACAACUCUGAAAGUUGCAGAAGUAUCAUAUAUGGAAGCUAUUUAGUUGAAUAAGGAGGACAGAAUGACCAUGGGUCAAUCUGUGACAAAGUUUAUUGAAUUGCUGGAUGGCUGAAUUGACUUUAUGCAACUUGUUAGCAUAUCUUAUGCUGCUGAAAAGUUCUAGCUCUUUGACUUUGUGCUGCCCUUCCUCACUCUAUAAAAAGAACUUGUUCUUGCCAUGCACUGCUGACACAUCUUGUUCCAGCACUGUGUAAAGUGACCAAGUAUCAUUGUUCUAAAACUGCUUUGAGGUUGCCUCUGUUGCUUUGCAAUCAAGCAGUAUAUAAAUUUUAUUGAAUAAAUAGUACACUGAAUGAGAUUGUGACACUUGUUGUUGGUGUUAUUUAACCAAUAUCAAAAGGAAGCCACACAUUCUUACUCGGAAGGAAGUACUCUGGUAGUCCUUCAUUUCUUUAUCCAUGCAGUUUCUUCCACUUCUUCCACACCAUCCUCAAUCCUUUAAUCCUAAAAUUUAACCCAAUUUUCAAAUCCCUUUCCUAAGAUUCCACUGUCACAGACUGAGAUCCUAGGUGUACAGUUUGUCUAAACUAAGCAAUGAUUUGUGAGUAUAAUUACUUUGGGUGAAUUAUAUAGCCACAAUUGGCUUUAAAGGAAGAGGUGAACACUAUGCUAGUAAAACUUGUGUUUGAUAAAUAGGAAUGGAGUAAUACCUCCAAUAAGAAUUUAUGUAACUGAACCUCUUUCUUGUAAAUCUUACAGUAGCAGGGUAUUGUUCAAUGUUUUGCAUUUCCCGUCUUAAAACUGGUAUGAAAUCAUUUACAGCAUCAGAAUCUAUACUGUAGUUAUCUUGCUAAAAUGUUUCCCUUUUUGUUUCCUGUUCAAGCAGGGUUACUGAAUAAAAUAGCUAGUUUUCAUUAUUACAUUAAUUAAAUUGUUUUGUAUUUUGUUACCCUAAAGAUGUUACAUGAAUACUGUGCUGUAGAUGCCAUUAGUAAUAAUCUACUUUCAGGCUGGUAGAGAGCUAUUCUUAAGGAGCAAAUCUUCAAAACUAAUCUGUGUUUAGCGUGGGUUGCUUUGCUACUUUCCACCUUUUAGAAAACAAAGCUGUUUAAAAUGCAGGUCUUGUCAGUAGAAUAGUGAAGAUUUUAAAGGCGUAAUUAGUUAAAUACAUUAUUGGCUACUCUGCUCUUCCUCAUUGCUCAGCAUUAUUUGAUUCAAAGAGCAUUCUACUGCACUUGGUUUCCUGUCCUAGUGAUUGGAUCUUCCAAAGUUUGACAUUGUGAUGACCUUGCUGAUGUAAGCAGAGAACUGUGGAAUGCAUUCUGAGGGGUAGUAUGGUGUUUUUACAAUAACUACAUCCAUAGUGCCUUUUCCAGGAAAAACUUGAGCUGAUAACAUAGAAACAGUAUUCGAAACUCCCACUGUUCUAGGCGAAUUUUGUGACAGGGAAUUUCAUUAGCGCGAGCAGUUUCUGAGCUCUGGGCGCAGUACUGCGUCGAAGAUUUCAGAUUAAAACUGCAGAGUAGAAGGAAAGAAGGACCUUUUUUGCCUCCCCACUUCCAGCUACUCUCUGAAGACUGGAGAAGAGACCCUCUUAAGAAUAUUGGAGGGUGGGGGGGGUGGGCAGGGGAAGGACUAGACCAUGUGAAAAAUGAACAUGAUUUUUAGCUGCAGUUCAUGUUAUAAAAAAGUGCACCUAGACAUUCUGUUGUUGCGCCCAUAACCUAGGUUUAAGGUGCCAUUUAGCUCCUAGCUUUUAUAUCUCAGUUUCGAACACCGUGUGUAAAAUGUUGGGACAGGAGAGAACUACAGGCUGUGGAAACUAAAUGCCAGUAACUUUGAUAGACAUAUGCCAACUUCAGCUAGAUGCCUAGCAUCUUCAGUUAAACAAUGGCAGGGCUGUGAAAGAGUUCUGCCCCAAAUCUAGGAAAGCUGGUGUCAGUGAGACUGGACAGUAUUGAACUAGCGAGAUCAAUACAUCUGAUCUAGUAUAAAGCAACUUCUUAUUCUCUGGGAAGCACAGGGUGGGCCAGUGUUGGAAGUAACAUGCUGAACUAAAUAGUUUCUUGAUCUGAUCCCGCAGGGCUUCUUUUCUGGCUGAGUAGAUGCUAUAUCUUCCAGAGUUUAUUUUAGAAGUAGUCUUUCUCACGGUCAUUCACUGUGAUAAUGCUUGACUUAUUGGCUUUGUCACUGAGCAGUAUUGUUGGUCAAUUUCAUCGAUUUAUCCCUUUAUCUGGAAUUUAAAUUGUCUAAAGUGUUCCUGUGUCACUGAUCACAAUACAACAAAGACUAAAGCACCUUAAAACAGUGUACUAAACUGUGCAAGGGAUUGUACCUUUCAUUCCUUUUCUCCAGCAGCAAGUUUUAGCUUGUCCUACUUUGCUACUGAUGUACUCAGUGAACAUCAAGAUAUUAACUUUGCUAUGGAACUUUAGUAUAGAUAUUGCAACAGAUAAACAUGAUUAAUCAGAUGAAUGAUUAUCUUUUCAGCCUGUGCAUUUUUUUAAAUUUUAUGACUGAAUCAUUAUUUCUUCUUUCCCAACAGGAGCCCGUCUGCUUCAUAACAAAAAUGUUUCACUUAAGGACUUGUGCUACUAAACUGAGGCCUCUGACAGCCUCACAGACUGUUAAGACAAUUUCUCAGAACAAGCCAGCAGCGCCAAGGACGUUUCAACAAAUCAGGUGCUACAGUGCACCUGUUGCUGCUGAGCCAUUUUUGAGUGGGACUAGUUCAAACUAUGUGGAGGAAAUGUACUAUGCUUGGUUGGAAAAUCCCAAAAGUGUACAUAAGGUAAGGAGCAGCCUCCCUAGAAUAAAGCCUGUUCUUCUACACUUUGGUUCUCAUGUCUUCAGGUAAGUGCAUUUUGUCAGAGUGAGCUCCAACUUGACAACUUGAAGAAGAACCUGGAAACCUUCUGAAUCCAGUCAGUUUCAGUUGUGCAAAAAUUGAAAUGGCUCGGCUGACAAAGAAUAGCACUGAGAGAAUCAACAUCGGAAUGAAUUUGGAAAGUUUAUGACCGCCUUCCCCCUGAGGAAUCUUCUUGGCUUUGGCAUGGAUAUAAAGAAGGAUGAACUCUUCUUGGAUGUCCACUGAGGAAUUGCUGAGCUGCUGUUGAUGUUCCUUUUUGAAGUAAUUGAGACAGGUCUCCUUUUGUAUAGGAACAGUUCUGUUUAUAGUGUAAAUAACAACCACAUUCACGUGUCUGUCAUUUUAAGCCAUGGAUUUAACAUGUGUGUGUUUAUUUUAAACUUGGUCAUUCUGGAUGAAUAGUGACUUAUAUUGCUAGCUGUUUAUCACAUUUGAGAAACAGCUUUAAUUAUGGCUUCAUUGUUUUCUGCUAAGAUAAAGCUACACAUGACUCCUAAUUUAUUCUGCUACGAGUUCAAGUACAUCCAUUAUCUGAAUGUCAUGCUCCCAAGUCCUUUUAAGUAAGACUUCAUGUUUUGGACUAGCUACAUGUAUACAGAAGAGUGCAAAAUACUUUGAUCAUAGUACCGUAUUUUUCGCCCUAUAGGACGCACUUUUUCCCCUCCAAAAAUGAAGGGGAAAUCUGGGUGCGUCCUAUGGGGCGAAUGGAGGCUUUCGCUGAAGCUUGGAGAGCGAGAGGGGUCGGUGCGCACCGACCCCUCUCGCUCUCCAGGCUUCAGGAAGACAUCCGCAGCCUAGGCAGCCCUGCGGGAGUGCCCGCAGGGCCGGCUAGGCUGCGACUCGCAGCCUGCUUCCUGGAGCGCCGGGCGCUUCAGGAACACAUUCGCAACCUAGGCAGCCCUGCGGGAGUUCCCGCAGGGAUGUCUAGCCUGCGGAUAGCAGCCUGCCGCCCGGCGGGCGGGGCGCCCUGAAGCAGAGCGCCGCUCGCGCCGGGCAGACAUCCGCAGUGCGGGGAGCCUUGCGGGAACUCCCGCAGGGCUCCCCGCGUUGCGGAUAGCAGCCUGCUGCCCGGCGCACAGGGCGCCCUGAAGCAGAGCGCCCCUCGCGCCGGGCAGACAUCGGCCAGCCCCACAAGCUCGGGGGACAGCAGGGAGGCGCAGCGCCACCAUCCCACUGUCCCUCGACCUGGUUCAGUUUCCCUGACCUGGUUUUGGGGGGGAAAUAAAGGGAAAAAAAAUUUCCUUUAUUUCCCCUCAAAAAACUAGGUGCGUCCUAUGAGACGGAGCUUCCUAUGGGACGAAAAAUACGGUACAUACCCAGUAGAAAUUAAUGCAUGCCAAUAAUGGAAUGGGAGGUCUUAAAUAGUUUCUAGACUCUGAUGCAGAAUCUGCUAUCACAUACCUUUUUCUGUCCAUGCUGAGGAGAGCAACUGACAGCAUAGAAUGUUUUUAAAAAAAUAAUUACCCAGAGAAGACACACAUGCUAGCUUGUUGUUUCAGUGUACUUAAAUAUUGAUAUGUUUGAGAAAGCAUCUGACUUCAUUUCAGCAAAUUUAUAUUAUGCCGAACCAUCAAUGAACAUUCAUUCCCUCUUUGCGUAUUUAACAGUGAACACCAAUGAACUGGUAUAAAUAAUCUAUGACAUGCAGCUUUAAAGUGUGGCAGUGUUCAUGGUUUCAUGUAAACAUAUUUCACUCCCACAGCUGCCUUCAAGUGGGGAAGCAGCUUGGUGCCCUUUUUCUGUCAAUGCUGUGCAAAUAAUUUGUUAGCUAUUCAUCAGUAGCCCCAUGUGACGCGAGUGAUAUAGUAUGAGACCGAAACAAGGAAGCAAAUGCUAAAUUACUUGACGUGUGUAGUUGCAACUGGACUGUUUGACCUUGGUCUCUGCUAUUUGCAGUUGGCUGUUCUGUGCUUAGUGCAGUGGCGCAGCAUGGGGGAGUGCCAGAGGAGCCAUGGCCCCGGGCAUGGAUUUUUGAGGGUGUGUGUAGCAAAUGCCCGCAGCGUGUCCCAGCCCGGUGCUCCUCUCCCAACAUUGGAGGAACCAAUGCUUGUGGAGAGGAGCUGCCGCUCAGAGCUGGUAUCACGGCAGUGGACUCCGUUUGUGCUCUCCCCCUGGGCACGCCCAUGUACAUGUGCACAUGUCCCCAGUGGCCUGGAGACACUCCACCACUGGCUUAGUGUUACCAGCACUUUUUAGUUUGCAUUAUGGGUUGGUUUUAAAAAUUGUAUGUUCUGUUUUCACAUUACAGUGGUGCCUCGCAAGACGAAAUUAAUCCGUUCCGCGAGAGUCUUCGUCUAGCGGUUUUUUUGUCUUGCGAAGCAACCCUAUUAACGGCUUAACGGAUUAGCGCUAUUAGCGGUUUAGCGGCUAUUAAAGGCUUAAAGGCUUAGCGGAUUAGCUGCUAAAAGGCUAUUAAAGGCUAUUAAAGGCUUAGCAGGUUAGAUAAAGGGGGCGAAACGAAAAAAAUCUCAAGACUUGCAAGACAUUUUCGUCUUGCGAAGCAAGCCCAUAGGGAAAUUCGUCCUGCGAAGCAACUCAAAAACGGAAAACCCUUUCGUCUAGCGGGUUUUCCGUCUUGCGAGGCAUUCGUCUUGCGGGGCACCACUGUAGAUGGUAGUAUUAGAUUAUAAAAAGCUAAGCACCCUCUGUGUAAGACAGACAGAACAUUCUUCUGUUAACUAGUUUGUCUACAGAGACUUGCUUGGUAGCCUUUGUUAAAAAUCUCCUCUAGAUGUUAGCUUUCUUAAAUUACACAGAUGUCUUAUUUGCUCUUUUUCUAUUAAAGCAUAAAUAUACCAGAUAUAUCCUACUAUAUGGAUAUCUAGGCAAGUAAGCUAUAAUAAGCUCAUUAGAUUUAUCUAUCAGGGCAUGGCAAUGAGGUGAUUUACUAAUAUUUAUGGUAGCUUGCUUUCUGGAUUCCCUAAAUACCAAAGAAGGUCAAUCGCAAGUCUGAGAUUCAUAGCUAAACCUGUUUCUGAAGCUCUGUAAUCCUUAUCUCUACUGGAACUGGUUUCUUUCAUGAAUUUGGAAGAAAUGCACUUCUGAGGCCCAUCUGCUGAACAUACCCAUAGGAAAGAACCUUUCUACUGCAGGGUUGUACACAUUGCAGCAUAAUGACAUUGUAUUGGUGUGUGCCCUGACCUUUGAGCUGCUAUGAGUUCACCGCUCAAGAUGCUUUCAACACCUAGGAAUUCUAAACUUUUAUCGGGGAAAGUAGUCCAUGUCUCUUGAGAUAACAUGUAAUGAAAUCCAGUUGCCUGUCUGAAGGUCAAAGAGUGCUUGCAUACAGAACCGGAACUGCUGGCUUACUGUAGAACUAGCUAUGACAGGACAGUUGCCAAGGCAAUGGCACAGUAUAAUCUGGGUUCGCAUAAGGCCAGAUUGGAGGUAGAUCAAGAACAAGUACUAGAACAACUUAAAUGGUGUAUGGGAUACAGAGAGCUAGAAAGUAGUUCAGAGCAAGGCAAAACACAACUAUAAUUAGUCUAAUAGUUUCACAGCUGAGCUCCUUUUCAGCUAAUCCAUACUGCAUUGCAGCCACUGGUAACAGAAUCCUGGUAAGCUAAACUAAUUUAAACCACAACAACAAGUUACUAUUGCUGCAGGAAACUGGUACAGAACUAUUCUGAGUGUGAAAGUAAUACAGGUGUUUUAAACACCCUUGUGUCCAUGUCUGGAAAGUAUAUAUGUGCACUUUUAUGCAUUACUUCUGGUGCAAUUGGUGCAGGAAUCUUUAGCAGCAGUGCAUAAUGUGUUGAACUGUCCUGUUCAUAUAUAAUUUAAAUGUUGGUGAACGAAAGUACUCACUGUUUUCAAAAGCUGUAUAUGAAUUCCCAGCUUUGUUUUAAAAAGAUUUCUGGUAAAGCAACCAUUCUGUAGUUUCAUCAUAGUUUAGACUAGUGAGUGAUGAUUAACUGUUGCAUAGCCAAUAUUUCUGCACAGUGAAGUUUUUCUGAAAGUUGUUGUUGUUAUUUAUUAUUAGUAGUAGUAGUAGUAGUAGUACCCCACCCAUCUGGCUGAGUUUCCCCAGCCACUCUGGGUGGCUCCCAAUCGAGUGUUAAAAACAAUACAGCAACACAUAUAUAACUUAUCUAGGCUGUCUGACUUCCAGUUUGUGUAGAUUCUUAGCAGAAAAAAACAUUUAUGUUGAGUUUGUUAGAUGUGCUGAGUUCCUUUUAUGAUGUGCAUCUCCAGCAAGUGCCUGUGUCUCAAAAUUUUGCAGUAAUUUAAACUUCUACAAGCUCCUACAGGGAUCUGGUUUCAAGUGUCAUCUCAUUAUGAACACACUUCACACCUGGUACAGACAUCUGUAAUUCCAGUUGAGCAAUGAACGUUGUGACGAUGGUGGUUGUGACUAUGAGUAAGAACUGUAAAGGAUACUGCAUGGUGUUUUAUUUUAUGAACUUAUAGAUAUGUGGGUGGGUGGGUUACAAAGUGAAAACCAUAAAAUGGAGGGUAGAAUACAAAUAAUGAAAAUUAUACUGUUGAUAAAAAUCCAGAAUCAAAUUAGUAAAACAAAAUAUUGAGCCCUGUAAGCUAAAGUGCUUAUGCAGGCAUUCUGUCAGUUUCUUUGGCAGAUGGGAGGAGAAGAGACUGCAGUGUCAGUGCAAAAGAGAAAGUUGCUAUGUUGGCAGAUCACAUCACCCUACAACAAGAGUGUGAUCCUUAUACAGGCAUAAUUGUUAAAUGGAGGUUGGGGAGCCUGUCCCCACUUUGUUUGUUUUUUAAGGCAGUGAAGAUGUGGGCUAAGGGGGUGAACAUGCAUUCCUUAGAUAAUAGUUAUCUAUCUAUAAAUAUUUCAUAUACAAUAACUUUCUUGAAAUGUCAGAACAAUUGCUCUGAGGUAAAGGGUAAAAGGUAAAGGUACCCCGACCAUUAGGUCCAGCCGUGGACAACUCUGGGGUUGCGGCGCUCAUCUCACUUUACAGGCUGAGGGAGCCGGCGUUUGUCCGCAGACAGUUUUUCCAGGUCAUGUGGCCAGCAUGACUAAGCCGCUUCUGGCGAACCAGAGCAGCGCACAGAAAUGCCAUUUACCUUCCCGCCAGAGCAGUACCUAUUUAUCUACUUGCACUUUGACGUGCUUUCGAACUGCUAGGUGGGCAGGAGCUGGGACCGAACAACAGGAGCUCACCUCGUCGCAGGGAUUCGAACCGCCGACCUUUUGAUCAGCAAACCCUAGGCUCUGUGGUUUAGACCACAGCGCCAGCCGCAUCCCAUGAGGUAAAGGGUAGCGUUGCAUUAGGGCUCAGAUAGCAAAUAGUAAGCUUGCAGUUUAACUUUUUGUGUUUAAAAUCUAAUAUAAAUUUAUGAGAAUAUUCACUGAAAUAACCACUUAAUUAGCCAUACAUACUGCACCUACCAUGAGAAGAAAGAAACAAGAAUAAGUGGUGUCAAAAUAAUUGAGGCAGAUGCAAAUAAAUUGAUACUUCUUGGCUUUGUUGUACUCCAGUGAAGAAGAAAUUAAGAGUGAAUUAGAGGCCACCCACUGAAAACUUUGCCAUGCAUGUGGCAGAGAGCCCCUUUUUAAAAAUGCUCACAUUCUUCCAUAUCGGUUACUUCAGAUGUAUGAUGGGUUAUUUUUACUUAUUGGAUUUUUCAGGGUAAGGACAGGAUUCAUCUAAUAAGCCCCCCCCCCCCCCCCCGUGGGAGCCCUGUGGAAAUUGCCUUUGAGGGGGUUGGGAGAAAUCCCAAAAUAAAGUGCAGGAGAAGUAGAGAGAGGAUUGUUGUGUCUGGCAAGCUGAAAUGCUGGCUGGGCUCAUUAGAUGAAUCUUGCCCAUUAGUUUGUAAAUUUAAAAGAGGGUGCCCGCAAACCUGGGGGGAAAAAUCACACAAAUCUUGGAAUACCUCAUUAGUGUUAAAGAUAUCACUUUAUUAAUUAAAUUGGUUUACUUUUCCAGGUACUAGCUUAAAAAUCAGAUUGAUAUUAUGUUUUGGAACAACAGCUCUCAAGACAAUUUUACAACCUUACAUCAUUUUUUAAUUCUAUAAUUUAAGACCAGAUGGAUGUUUGCUUUUGUUUCCUUUUAUUCUUAUUAUAAUAUAAUAUUAAAAAUCAAAGGAUCCCUGUUUCUCCUACAGAAUAUUGUGUGUGUCGGUUGGGGUGGGGAGUGAGGGAUUAGAAGAUGAAAGUGAGCAGAUUAGCCUGUUGGCCUUGACAAUUUAUAGUAAAUAGUGUGGGAAUAGGGACCUAGGGUAGGAUGGGUGUGCACAAGAAAAAGAGAUAAAGUUCAAUCUUUUUAUAAAUAUUGUUACUGCUAAGAAGGUGACAGGUGAAACACCAUCCAAGUGCAUAGGGAACAAGUGAGGAAAACAGUGGGAGUGUAGGUAGAACAGCCAAUAACAGUUUAUUGCUGUUGGUACUGUAUUGCCUUUGACACACAGUUAUAGACACAGACACUAAUGGAGAGAUGCCUUUGGUUGCUUCAUUCACAUGCAACUCCCAGCCAUCUGGCUGUGACAGCACCUGAGGGAUACCUGUGUGAAAACUUGAAGAACAGCAACAGGAUGUGGAGUAGCUAGGGACUAUGCUUCCUUGCUACUUGAGGCAAAACAUUGGCAAGCCAGGUUCAUUUUCUAUAAACAGCAGGACUCUGCAAAGGUAUGUUUUUCUGCAGAUUUGUGGAUGCCAAGCUUCCUUGCAACACUAAAACCAAAUGUGUCAGAAUUUAGCAAGGACCUCCAAAUUGGAGGAGUGGGGAGAUUUUGGGCUAAAGACUACCCUUCUCGGAAACCUUUCUCUCCCUUAGCAAUGAAGUGCUUGGGUGAAUCUUCCUCACUACCACUACAGGCCUUGAACAGCCCUAUGUAAAAUCAUAGAAUUGUAGAGUUGGAAAGGGCGAUGAGGGUCAUCUAGUCCAACCCCCUGCAAUGCAGGAGUCUUUCGACCAAUGUGGGGCUCAAACCCACGACCCUAGUAUUAAGAGUCUCACGCUGUGAUGACUGAGCUAUCUUGCUGGAGCCCUGUUAGGAAAUAAACCACAACAUUUUUUUAAGGUUCUCCACUUGUACAGUGGUACCUCGGGUUACAUAUGCUUCAGGUUACAUACACUUCAGGUUACAGACUCUGCUAACCCAGAAAUAGUGCUUCAGGUUAAGAACUUUGCUUCAGGGUGAGAACAGAAAUCGUGCUCCGGCGCGGCGGCGACAGCGGGAGGCCCCAUUAGCUAAAGUGGUGCUUCAGGUUAAGAACAGUUUCAGGUUAAGAACAGACCUCCGGAAUGAAUUAAGUACUUAACCUGAGGUACCACUGUAUUCUAAGUAGCAGUUACAUGGUAUCUAUAGUGCCUAAUUAUUGCAUCACACUUUUUAUUUUCUUGUAAACCUUAACGAAAGCCUAAAAUGUAGAUCGGUAUUAUUACAAUAUUCCUGUAUUAUAGAUGGGAGCAAAGGCUAAGUAAAAGUGGCUUGACUUAAAUACCUAGAAGAAAUUAAAUUUGAGCCAGGCACUCAUGCUGUACCAGCUGAAAACAUGCUGUACUGUAUAGAUCUUGUGACUUCGGUAAUUGACACAUUUGGUAAGGACAUGCUAUGCUUAAAUACUGUUGUUAACACUUUUUUUCCUCCCUAGCUUUGGUAGGUGGAGGGAUGUUCUCUGGAAUUCUAAUGAUGGGUUAAGUGUGCAGGUUACAAACUCAUUUGAGACUUGUGACAACUGGGUGGAGAAGUGAAUCGGUUCCUUUUUUAUUUUUAGGUCACUGAAAAGGGAAGCACUGAAUAAUGUCUUAAUGAAUAGUUGAGCCUUAACCUGUUUUAUAUGCGGCAUCUCACAGCUAAUGGUUGGCAGUCACCUCUACUUAGUCAUCAAAUAGCAUGGAUAGGACAGUCUCUAGAACUUAGUCUGACCUGAAAAGAACUUUAGAUACCAUUUGCUGGUGCUAUUUCCUUCAGGCUGAAGUCACAAUGUUAAAUAUUAACUAUAAUGGCUAAUAUUACAGGUUAUUGCUAUACUGAAGAGUUGUUACAUCCCUUAGAGAUUUAAGGUGUUUUUUUUCUAGAAAUCAGAUAAACCAUAUCUCAGACAUUGCCAUUGUUUCCUAACUAGCAACAGAUAAGGCUCAAUUCCAAAUUACUGAAUGGAAAAGACUGUAUUCUUUUGGUUUCUUACCUACUGCUCUCAUGGGCACAUGCCUGUGUAUGCAUACUUUGUGUUUGGUUGCCCGCCUUUUUCCUGGAAAAUGGUAACUGAGUCAAGACGUUGCUUUUGCAUUUGCUUUUUGCUCAUUAGAAGAUCUGGGGCAACCCAGGACAUUGAAAAGAAUGGUAUGUGGUCUCAUCAUAAGAGCAACUGAUGACCAAACUAUAUAUUGCAUGAAACAUUUUACCAGAACAUCUGAUAUUUUUUUUUUUUUGUUUACAUAAAAGUAGCAAUGAUGGGUCUAAAAUCGAUCAGAGCAAUUGUGCUAUUUAACUAUUUCUCCCCAUAUCAUUUUCCUGAUCUAAAUUCUACAACCCAAAACUGCAAUGCUCUGUUUAUUGAAGUUUACAGUUUGAAUAUCAUUUUGGCAAUGUGCAUAGUAGUAGGAAAAUAUUUGAAAUGGUAGAAAAACAUACUAAGUUCGAAGAGGUAAUUCUCACUCUAAAAAAUUACUUUAUUCUUUUUUUAGUCAUGGGAUAUAUUCUUUCGCAAUGCCAAUGCUGGAGCUGCUCCAGGUACUGCUUACCAAAGCCCCCCUCCAUUAAGUACCAGCCUAUCAACGCUAACACACGCACAGUCUCUGGUUCAAGCACAGCCGAAUGUAGAUAAACUGGUUGAAGAUCAUCUUGCAGUCCAGUCUCUUAUUAGAGCCUAUCAGGUAAGAUAACCUCUUCUUACUUCUCUGCUGAUGUGUAAACAUCUAGCACUAUUUUUUGCCAGCCCCAAGUUUAAAAGAGAGAGAUUCAUAUACUGUGUAUAUAUGUGUAUGUAUAUAUGUGUGUGUGUGCACGCGUGUAUUUGCCUCCAAAAUAAGACUUAAAGAAUCAAACAUUGAUAGGAAUUUAGGGAAAAUAAACUGGAGUAGGAGUUCUCCUUCUACCAGUGAGUGCCUUGCAUCCCACACUGGCAGAUAUAGAUUUGCCACUUCAGGCCCAGGCUGAGCUAUAUUACACUCUGUAUGCCAGUACGUGGGCAAACUUUCUAUACACCAAAAUUUGUUCUUGAACAGUAGACUGCUCAGGAGAAGUUAUGUGCAGAAAUGAAGUGUGUGUAAACAUCUCAUCUGCCUUUUUAUGGUAAGCUAUAGCUAUAGCUGGUCUUCAGAAAUGGAAUGAGCGAUGUUGUGUACCCACACACCAGUGGGAGACUCAGUGGCUGCUGGAGAGUUGAUCUCCCUCACUUUUAGGAAGAACAGCAUCACACAGAUCAGGUAGCCUGUGGCUAUGAAAGCUUGAGAUGAUAAGACUGGCCUACUGCUGUCACCAUAUAAAGCUUAUCGAAAGCCCACCACAUAAGGUUACAACAUUGCCAUUUUAGUGCUUAGAAAAUGUGCGAUUUUCUUGAUCUAAUCCAUGGUCUCAAAAAAGUUUCCAUUCUUAAUGUUACUUUUAAAAAGAAAAUCCCUACCCUUUAACCUCAAGCAGAUUUCAAAAUACACAAGAUUGUUAGAUUAUUGUUAGAGUAUCAAAAGAAGAUAAACCAACCUGCUACUUCUAGCAUUUUUCCAAAACUGAAAGUACCGUAUUUUUCGCACCAUAGGACGCACCGGACAAUAGGACGCACUUUGUUUUAGAGGGGGGAGAACAAGAAAAAAAAAUUUCCCCCUCUCUGCCCAGCGCCCCUGCAGUGAAGCAGCAGGAGGCGCUGCACAGAGAGGGGAGAACUUUCCCCUCUUGUUUUCCCGCUCUAAAACAUGGUGCCGUUUAAGGUGCAUUCUGUGGGCUACCUUGGAAGCCUGGAGAGCGAGAGGGGUCAGUGUGCACUGACCCCUCUCGCUCUCAGGCUUCAGGUUCCUUUCGACCUGCUCUUUGGGGCUGGCGGGGGGAAGCCCACCACCAGCCCCAAAGAGCAGGUCAGGGAGCAGCAGAAAGGCGCAGCGGAGAGGCUCCUGUCAUAGCCGCGCGUCACCUCUCCAGCCGGGAGAGGGUUGCAGGGCUAUGGCUUCUUUAGCCCCACGUGCGCACUCUCCCGGCUGGAGAGGUGACGCGCGGCUAUAGAGGCUCCUGCCAUAGCCGCGCGUCACCUCUCCAGCCGGGAGAGGGUCGCGGGGCUAUGGCUUCUUUAGCCCCGCGCGCGCUGUCCCGGCUGCAGAGGUGACGCGGGGCUGUAGAGGCUCCUGCCAUGGCCGCGCGUCACCUCUCCAGCUGGGAGAGGGUCGCGGGGGCCCCCCGCGCGCGCUCUCCCGGCUGGAGAGGUGACACGCGGCUAUGGCAGGAGCCUCAAUAGCCGCGCGUCACCUCUCCAGCCGGGAGAGGGUCGCGGGGCUGCUUUAGCCCGCGCGCGCUCCCGGCUGGAGAGGUGACGCGCGGCUAUGGCAGGAGCCUCUAUAGCCGCGCGUCACCUCUCCAGCCGGGAGAGGGUCGCGGGGGGCUGCUUUAGCCCCACGUGCGCACUCUCCCGGCUGGAGAGGUGACACGGGGCUGUAGAGGUUCCUGCCAUAGCCGUGCGUCACCUCUCCAGCCGGGAGAGGGUUGCGGGGCUAUGGCAUCUUCGCUCCAUAGGACGCACACACAUUUCCCCUUCAUUUUUGAAGGGGAAAAAGUGCGUCCUGUAGAGCGAAAAAUACGGUAGAUCAUGGUUUGCCAAAAUAUCACCCUGGCUUUGGCCAGGUUUCAGGAACAAGACGUGUGAUAUAGCAGCAGACAGCUCUAUUCAGCUGCUGCUUUGUGCAGGUGGGUUGUGUGGAAUCAUGAAAGAUAAGGCAGAGUUAAAGAUUAUAAUAGCUAGAAAAUUAAUGCACACACAAAAAAUGAAAAUUUCAAAACUAGGAUAAUUUUACUAAAACUACAUGAAAGGAUCGUCAAAUACUUCCCUAAGAGGCUAGUAUGAAAGCUUGAAAAUAUUUCUCAAACAACUAAUUGUAGGCUAUGUGAUAUCUACUGAACUUAAAGCUUUGCAAAAUGUGUCAAUUUUUCCUUGAUAAAAACAGUCUCCUAUUAAAUGAUUGUCACACAAUGGUGUGCUUUUACCUAUAUGCCUGAAAAAGAUCAGAGUAUACAAGUAAAAAGAAUGUGUUAAAAUGAUUGUAUCCUUCAGAGUGUUAUACUCCUUGGGACAGCUUUUUCCCAUUGCAGUUUCUUUUGCUAUAUCUUUCUCUUCAAGUUCUGGAAACAAACAAGGAAACAGGUAAGAUUCUUCACUAGAAACGGUGAUAAAGUUAGUCAUGCUCAGAGUAGACUCAUUGAAAUCAGUGAAUUUAAGUAACAAGUUUGUUGAUUUCACUCUAUAUACAUGGGUGAUAUCCAACUGGAUCUAAUAUGAGUAUGACUUUGUUGCUAUCAUCCACAGAUAACUGUUGUUUAAUUGUCACAUCCACAAAUACUGUAUCAGAAAAGAUUUACUAGUUAGGAAGAGGUUCUAAUGGAAAUAGAUGUAAUAAUUGGCUGCCGCUGAGGAAAUCAAUGAUAUGAAUCAGAACUAAACAGCAGCAGUGGGACUGAGGUCUCUGAGGCAUCUGGUCUCUGGUGUUUCUGCUAAUCCAUGGCAGAUACCAAUAAUAAUCUCUUAUUGCUCAAACAAUACAAAUAAGAGUGAGCAGCCUAUUAGAUGUAGUCUUUUUUAAAUCAUCCAGUAAUAAUACAACCUUCACAAGAAUAAUGUAAAAAAUAUGUAGUUUGGCUUCUGAAUGGUAAAGCGCUUAAAUUCUGACAAUUCUUUUAAAACAUGAUAACUCAAGAAGUGAAAGUGAAAUCCAGUUCCUACAUAUUUACAUUAAGCAGAUGUUUAGUUUAUUGUAUAGUGAUUAAGCUUCAAAUUCCAAAAGUUACUAGUUACAUCGUUCAUGCUUCUGGGCUGAAAUUCUUGCUGAUUAAUGUCUGACUUGUCAGUUUGCAUGACCCAAAUAAAACAUGCUUGGGCACAAGGAAUUUUAAUACAGAGAAAACUUUUGAAGGAGCAAGCAUGUUUCUGUAGAAGAACAAUAGCUAAAAGCAAUAUAUUCUCUUGAAGCUGGGCCUCAUGGAGGAUUUUUAAUUGAAAUGCAAAAGUGGAGUUAAAUAGAAAAGAAAUAAAUCUCAACAAGGCCACUUCCAGACAAAUGUGUUAAUCAGGUAUGUUCAUCCCUUGACUGGCUGAGGAAAUAUAUCAGCAAACAUCGUAAAGGCACUACUUAUUUUACUUAUUGCAUCUAAUAAGCUGUACAAUCAUGUCCUUCAAGAUCCCAUCUAAUAUUUAGAAUAAGGACAUGAAACCGAGCCAUCAUGGGCUACAUCUUUUUGAAUGUAAGCCACAAAGAUGUUUUCUGGGAAUGAAUUUACAAAAAUAAGCAGCAUUUUAACAGAUGUAUUCAGCACUUUCCACAUUUCUAAGUGAAUAUUUAUCAUGGAUGUCCCUUUGCCCCACUGGGUUUUUGUACUAUUAAAGUAUUUUUACUCCUUUCGUUUAAGAAAAGUUCGGUUCCAGUCUGACAUAUGGUGUAAAAUGAGAUCAGUGUUAAGAUUUGCAUUGAUCUCUGUAAACUUGAAACAAUAGCAUUACAGAAAAUCUGCAAUGUGAAACAUGAUUGAUAACCAGCUUUGUGACUAAUUUUGUUGUUGUUUCUAGGUCAGGGGUCACCACAUUGCCAAGCUUGAUCCUCUCGGCAUUAGUUGUGUAAAUUUUGAUGAAUCGGCAGUAACUGAUUCUCCAAACGUCGGUGAGAAUUACUCUGCAAAUUAAUUCUAAUGUAAUUUUAACUUUUAUACCCCUUUCCUUUCCAUCCCCUUCCUCCCCAUCCCUCUUCUGGUAUCCACUUUCCUUUUCAUUCCUGGCCCAUUUCAUAGAUUCGAGGGCAUCAUGUAGCACAGCUCGACCCACUGGGCAUCUUGGAUGCUGAUCUGGACUCUUCCGUUCCAGCCGAUAUUAUCACUUCCGCAGAUAAACUGGGUGAGGGCUCCGAGAGCAGUUAGUGCCGCAUUGCUUGAGCUCCUCCUCUCUCACUUUCACAGCUUCUAGUUAGAUUGCUUCACUAAGUCUGAAGGGAAAGGUCUUAAGUUUCCUUUAUAAUGAUCACUUUUUUAAAAAUUGAACAGCAGCAAAGUAGUUCUGUCCCUUGUCACUUACCACUGUGGGCACAAGGUGUUACAUGUGCAAUACUAGCCAGUUUGUUCUCUUCUACUGUUAAUUUUGAGUUCAGUAGUUAAUGGCUCUGAGUAGGUUAGUAGUGUCUAUUAUUUGCCUCUGAGGAAAUGAGGAAUAUUUUGGAGUCACGUAAACAGGCCUUCUUCCUUGCCUUUAGCAUCCCUUGACCCCCAGUGUUCAGUAGGUCUCUUGCUUGGAACUGCAGUGACUUGAUUCAGCAGACUUCAAGAGUUCUGCAGUGAUGCUACUGGGGAGGAACGGGAUGGUUUUUCAAAAGCCUUCAGGCAAGUCUUGUGGUAUUUCCUCACUCAGUUCAGUUGUAAUCCUUAGCUAUGCAGCUUGCCCUAAAAUCCUAAGAGUAGCUGAACCAAUGACUUUCAGUGAUCAUGACGAGGAAGCUUUGGAGUUUAUUCCCACAUCUAAUCAAGAGACUGAAAUGGUGAGACCCUUGGUUGCAAGGUGCAUGUAUGUUGCUCAGAUGAGGGGAUGUGUGCUGAGCCAUGUUUGAAAUUCGGUUUUCCAGUAAAGCCCAACCUGAUCUUUUAAGUUUGAUCACUAGUAUUUUUUCCAAGCAUAGCACAGGUUACGGUGGCUGAGCUCUAUUUAUUGCUGGUGCUUUCUACAGGUUAAUCAACCUGCCUCCGCAAGCGCUUUUAAGUAGCAUGCUUCUAACUUAGAAUAGAACAAUAAUAAUGACCACUAACUCCUUUCAAGACUGACAUGUGAUUAGAGUAUUUGUGCAUGUAAUGUUUUGAGAUGGUCAUGAUUGAUGUGCUCAUAGAAUGUAUAUUUGUGAAAUGGAAGGUAUCCAAAGGAGAAAAAAACAAAACUGUAAUGGAUGCUGUUCUACUCAUGUUCAGUCCACUUGGCUACACUGUCAUCUUCAACUUACAGUUGGCGUUCUGAUGUUGUUGCCCCCUUUACGUUAAAGAUCCAUUACUCAUACAAAGAACGUUGGUCGUGAAGUCCAGGGGUUCUUUUCAGGCCUUUGGAGGGGAUCCCUAAUGUGUUCUACAGUACUCCUUUGACAUUGCACACAUUAAAUCAUCUUAAGCAAGUAUGUCAGAUACAGGACAGUGGAGUACAGCACCCCUUUACAGUGGAGUGGUGGUGAUGAAUUAAGAUGGAAUAGACAUUUUGAGGGGGAAAAUCAUAGGUGGGUCCCUGCAGCAUAGAGAAUCUAGCUCUAUUUUACUUAUGUCCCUGCUUGAUAAUGGAUUCAUUAUUACUCUUGAAGUCUGUCAUUAAUACUUCACAAGGGUAGAGUUACACCACCACCAGUUUUAUACAUGUUCAUAUAUGUGAACCCUAAGAUUUUAAUAAAGCUGUAUAUAACUCUGCCACCUUGCAUAGACAGUGUAUGUAUGAAAUUCUUUAGAUAAUCUUUUUCUGAUCAGAGAGUGAAAUCAAAGCUGUUUCACAUUAAAUAAAGUUAACUGGGAUAUUAAAUAUUCACAAGUGAUGAUUUUUUAAUCUACUAAUAUUUAGUAUCUUAUCCAGUCUUAUGGGGCUCUCAGACAGUAGCUAGGUUGUAUUGUGAUAAAUAUGUGCCACCUUACAUGCUAAGUUAUCUGUGGCAAUGGACACUGCAAACUCAGUAAGGUGUAGAGUGGUUCAUGUGCCUUACAACAAUGGUAGCCAAAAGUGUAUUCUCACUGAUACAGCAGCAUCCGUUUCUGUCCAGUGUGGAAUUACCGUAGUUGUGUAUACUCUGUACUACAACAAAACGGGCAUAUUACAAAAUGGGCAAAUGUGUGCAAGCUCAGGCACUAGCUCUUAAAAGUUACAGCUCAUACAACAACCAGAUGGGUGGAAGCAGUUCAGGUAGCCUGAUGCAAUGGGUACUGUUAGGUGAAAACUGAGGAGAGCCAAAUGUUCCUGGUAUCUCAGUAGAGCUGAUGGAAGAGCCCUGCUUACCACCUCUCUCCCUCAGGAUCCUGAACAAAUUCUGGAAUACGUAGGAAACUACCUUGUACCAAACCAUUUGUCUGCCUAGUCCAGUACUGUCUACUUUGAAUGGCUGUAUCUCUCCAGGAUGUCAGGGCUGAAGCCUUUUCCAUCACCUUCUACCUGAGCCUUUUAAAUGGAUAUGCCAGGGAUUGAACCCAGGAUCUUCUGUGUGCAAAGCAUGUAUUCUACCACUGAGUCAUGUUUACUUUCCACAUCUAAGCAGUUGGUUGCUCUCUAUAUAACUGCUUUCUCAAGCAUUGUUUUAAGCUCAAUAGGCUGUCUUAAAAUUGGGUGCUAUGUCUUGACAGGAUUUUACGGGGUGCUUAUUGCAACAGACCUGUAGCUCAGAAAAAGUUUGUUAAAAAGCAGUUUUGUUAACUUCAAGAUAAUUUGCUCUUGAAAUUAUUACUGAGUAUAGUUCAUGACACAGGGGAGCUGCUACCUGUAUUAGUAAACUUGCAGCAAUCUGGUGAGUUAUGCACCAGCCACACACCAGCUGGUUUUCCUGGGAUGUGCAUUGGAACAGCUGGCACACACUGUACCUCAACAUAGUUUAUUCUUUUUGCAAGCUCUACUUCCUUUUUGGGAAACUGAAUUCCUUUUUUGUGCUUCUUUAUAAAUGUGCUUAUAGACAUAAAGGCAAGCAGGUCUGCUCUUAAGGGCUGCUUGGCAGGCAACUUGAACAGGGUAAGCAAACAAACCAUAGCUAAAGGUAUAUGUCUGAUCCGCACAUAAUGCCAUGUCAUAGAUAUAACAGGUCAAGCUUCGUAAUCCAACGACAAACUUCACAUCACAGUUUGUUGGCGGUUAACAUACCAUAGUUCAGCUGCUAGGCAGUUUGAAGAUUAUCAUACUAAAUAUUGUUUAAUAAACCAUGGCUUAGCUUUGCAUGCAAACCUGGCCUGUAUCAAGGGCAGGGCAGAGCCCUUAUAGUAAUAUCUGUUUGUAAGAAAGGGACUCCUGCAGCCAGUUGUUUCUUUUUAAAAAAAAAUAAUUUUUAUUAAGUUUUCCAUUUAACAAUCCAAUCAUAGCACAUUAAUUAUUCCAAAUUAUACCAAUACAUAUCAUAAAGUCCAAAUAUUUUGCCAAAUUAUAUAUUUUUGUUGGGGGUUCCCAUGCUUUGAGUUCAGUAAGGGUCCAGUCAUCUCAUAUUUCUGCUGCUUUUAGUGUUCACCGGUCUGCAGCCAGUUGUUUUAUACCAAUGCCCCAUUCAUACUGCAGGAAUGGAAUGGGAGACUAUAAGUAACUACAACUUGUGCCUCUUGGGAGAUAAGCAGCAAAAUAAGCUUUCAGAGACAUAUCGUGCUAUUUCCUUUGAAACUAAUUAGUUGCUCAAUACAGUACACACAUAUAUAUAACUUUGAGGGGGGGUUAUAAUCAAGUGGUAUAUAAUUUUCAUGAAAUAAAUAAAAAUAGGAUAAGAUCAUUCAAAUCUAGCUAGUAUUGGGGGGGGAAGGCCAAAUUCUUACUGAGAAGUGGUUCCGUCAUUACUAGAGCCCUUCUCUGCUGAUUAGCAGCACUGAAAGGAUGAAUUUGUUACUGUUGUCCUUUGAUAGUGGAAGCGUUGUGCUAAUGUAGUUUUUAUGCUGAAUGCAUUAUUUGCUGCUGAAAGCUAAGUGAUAUCCAUUUGCAGUUUAUCAACUUCUAUGGAAGAGGUUUGUAUAGGUAUUCAUCUUGUUAUGUUGAACUGCUUGCUGCACAUAGGAAUAAACUCUGUGAUUAUUUUUGGUCCCAAAUAAUCCUAAAGUACAAUUUGUAGAGAUAAGUACUGGCCUUGUGCUGCUGAGCUUGUGUGCCUGCCUUUUAAACCAUAAAUUCAAACAAGUACAAAGUCACUAUGUUCCUAGAUAUGAAAAUGCCAGUUAGGGAGAGUCACGUGAAAGGUGGUUGAUAGUAGCCAUUGAAGUGUGGCUUACAUUUUAGUGAGGGGAAAUGUUGACCUUUUAAGUCAGGCUUCCUCAGACUCGGCCCUCCAGAUAUUUUGAGACUACAAUUCCCAUCCUCCCUGGCCACUGGUCCUGCUAGCUAGGAAUCAUGGGAGUUGUAGGCCAAAAACAUCUGAAGGGCCGAGUUUGAGGACGCCCGUUUUAAGUGAUCUAGCAGAAUAACUUCAGUUGUUGCUAUAAUACUGUUCCCCCUUAUUGUACAUUUUGACAUGUUAUUCCUUUAUAAUUACUUUAUAAUUAAGACAGGGAGAUUCAGAACUACAUUUUCUCAUUCUCAUUCAAAAUAUUACUUUGUUUUAUUCCUUGCUUUCACAGCACUAUAUUAAUUGUUUAAUUGGUGUCUCACCAAUAUCCAAUGCAGAUAUUAUUAUUAUCCUUGGAGAACAAGCAUUCCUUCUUCCAUAAAAUGUAAAUAGAAUUGUUACUUUUUAAAUCUUAUUCCUCUCCAGUGCUAUUCUACAAGAUAGGUUAUGCUGCAUUCAGGGCAGUAAAACAGAAACACAGACCCCAUCAGAGACUGUAGGCACAUCACCUUCCUUUUCUGCAGCCUCUGCUGUAUUUUGACUUAGCAGAAAAUGUCAUGCUAGUUGUUUGUUUUUACAAGGCCUGUAUUAGCAGGCCUGCAAGGUCUAGCAACAAACCUAUGGCUGGAAACAGAAUGUUCAAUCCACAUUGUCUCAGGAGGUCUUUGGAAGGGCAAGCUCUCUGCUUCUGUGAGUCAGUCCAUUCUUGCCCUUGAGUCAGGGAAUAGUGCUAUGCAGCUACCUUUUUGCCCACCCACACAAAUUUCCUGUUUCUAACUGAUUUGCUCCUGGGACCCAAUCCCAAAAUAUUCAGCACAGAACAUGAAGACUCCCAGUCCUUGCAUGCUGUGGUUGAUUAUGUGACAUUUGAGUUCAGUGAAUGUUUUGAACUCUUGUGGUCUAGCAUAAGCAGUCCGCCAGUAGAAUUUACCAUGUGAAAUGGAAAUACGUUCGUAGAAUGGUUAAAUUUUCAACUUAACAUUCUUUAGAAAUUCGUCACUUCCAAAGUUUCCUAGAGAAGGUUAUGUAAGGCUGCCACUUGGACAUCAUCUGUUCUAGACUAAAUUGAUUUGUUCCAUUUGUUAGGCCAUAUUCGAUUCAUUCCUUUCUCUAAUACAGUUUGCACCAUGCAUAGAGGCAAACUGUUUUGGUAUGAACCAAAAUCUAGAAUAACACCUGAGACGAUAAACUCAUCAAUGAAGUGUCCUCAGAUUUUAUCAGGUGCCACUCCCAACAAUGGCAAGGAGCAGCGACAGACUGUGGAGCAUGAGUGACAGGUUUUGUCUUGUUCCUACAUCAUGAAUCAUAACAUCUUUCACAGCAUUGUGCCCUUUGCUCUUCAAAAUAGUUGCCUUGUUAUAUUUUGCUCUGGAUCCAUCUUUCCGGGGAUCCUAUGAAGGAACCUGAGUCACUCUACAAUAUAUGUGAUCCUCUCCUUCAUUUAAUGGCUAAUGGUGCUGAAAACUCAUUUGGAAAGCUGCAGGACAAGGCAUGAUGUUCCUUGGGACAGCAACCCAUAAAUUUCUUUUACCUCCCUCCAAACUAACCUGAGAGGAAUAUAACCUCCCCUGUGGACUGGUACUUGAGAGAAUCUGAGGACAACACAUAGGUGAGUACACUGGCCAUUGUCUACACUAAUGGCUUUUGGGAAGGAGUAGGGGAUGUGCCAGUCUGUAAAUGACUGGGUACCUCUGGGGUAGUUUGUCCGCCUUUGGCCCCCACUUGCACUCAGCUCUCACCUGUGGCUCCUAGAAGCUGUCAGCAUGUAACAGUGGCCACACCCUAGGAAUAGCUUCAACUGGCCAGCUAAACCGGGUGACGGUAGACGAUGGGUCUUAAACCGUUGGUGAGUUAGGUCUUGCCCUGCAUGCGAACACAGGAUCCAGCGGAUUGAUCAGAUGAGACCAAAAGUGGGUCCAAUGCUUAAGAAGGCAGUUUUUGCACGUGCUUCAGAGAGAAGUGAGGAGCAGGUGGGGCUCGUCAACCUGGGAAGGUAGCCCAUCUAGGAGAAGGAAAACACUGAUCCUAAACCUCUUUUGCCUUGCUAGAUAUAAUCAGAAGAAAAACCUAAGGAGUAAACCCUGCACAAAUCCAGAGUGGAGUCCCUAAGACGGUUGGGUGGCACCUUGUGGGCUCCUUACAGCAACUCCUUCAGCCAAGCUGGUGCCAGAUGUAUUGCUUUGCUUUCUUUGGACCACAUCGGUGAAACCGAUGGGGCGGGGUCUUGUCACCUGGGCAGCAGUUUGACUUCACCCCCUCGGGCACACUCCAUUGUCUCCCAAGACAAGCAGAUGUCAACGAAGCCUUUGUUCAAUUCACUCAGCCUUCUUAUGGAGCUAAGCACAUCGUUUGGCAUGAUCUGCCCUUGAUAUUCAAAGCUUUCUCAAAUAUCUCUACCGUACCCAUGAUUCAAUCAGCACAACCUGAUCGUUAGUUCAGGGGCUGAGGCACAACUGAAAUACUGUUGCACAAAGGAAUCUUGCUAUAGCUGCUUACAACUGCAUACAGAGAACAAAGUUGUUUAUGGUUACAUUCCAAGCUAAUGAUCAUCCUGUGGUGGAAGCUCUGAACCUCAAGAGGGUCAUAUGAACGUGCUUAGGAAGGUGCCUACUCAGCUCCCUGUGAUAAAGGGUUUGGUGGUUUCCCUCCCAGAAGAAGCUGUGUUCAGGACAAAGAACGCUUUUGGGUGUCGAGGCCAUUUGAGAAGGAUGAGUCAUAGCAGCAGUGACUUGCAGUAGUACACAAUAAGUUUCUGUUUAGCAAAAUCCUGCCAAUAAAUUACCCUGCCAGUAAAUUGUUCCUUAUUAGGAGGUGCCCUUGAAAUCUCUGUUGAUAGCCAAGCUAGGUUUAAACUUUAAAGCAAAGCCAUUGACAGUUGUUCUGACUUUGACAAACCAAAGAGCAGGUGAGCCAGAGUAGUCAAUAGUUAGCUUGUUGAGAAAAAACAUAGGAUGCACAGUCUCAGCUGUGAACCUCAUUAGCCUUUGACAUCUUUCAGUCUAAUCUACCUCACAGGGUUGUUUGUGAGGAUAAAGUGUGUGAACACUUUGUACAUUGCCUUGAGCUCCACAGAGGUAGAAUGGGAUACGAAAGUGCUAAGAAGUUACUUCAGCUGGAGCAGAUACGGGAUUCUGUAAGAAGGCUUUCUUUUAUUCAUUUGUACUUUUUAAACUAGGCUCCUGCUCUAGAGACCGCUUGGUUUACUACUUGAUGCCCUGAACCCCCCCCCCCCCCGCUUGCAUAUUUUACAUAAGGAAACAAUGAGGAGAUCUCAAACCAUGUAGCUUAACUGCUGUGUAUCGGGUAACUUUCACACCUCUUUUUCUCUGUAUGGUUUAUAUGGCUGGCUCUGAAAGAUUCAUUCAAGGAUUUCCCCCCUGUAGUAUUGCAGUCAUCCUUCAUUCUAACCUCCUUUCCUAUGGUGGUGUUGACGGUGUGCUUGUGAGUACUGUUUAAAACGUUGACUUUCUCUGUAUAUUGCUACUUCCGCGGUUCUUUGGGGUUUUUUAAAAACUAACUUUGACUGGGUCUCUCUGUCUUCUCCUUUCUGCAUCCCACCUUACCCCCUUCUCCCAGAUCUUGCAGUAUUCAAGGAGCGGCUGAGAGUGCUAACAGUAGGAGGUAUGCAAAUAAUGAGCGUCUAACCCCUUCUGGAGAUUAGGACUCUCUGAAUAGUUGACUCUGAGCAUGUAUAGUUUAGGUAAAGUUGCAGCUUGCCCCCAUGUCAAACAGUGUUUGUUUUCUUCUCAGAGUGGUUUGGAAUGUAUGUGACCAAAGUGCUUCAUUAUCGUCUUCCUCCCAAAUUACAUACCUCUUUAUUUGAUUGAGUGGUAGCCAUUUAUUCCUAUUGUUUGUUUGCCAUUGUUUGUUGUGUUGAGUACUGUCUUCCGUUAGCAUCUGGGACUCCACAAAAAUGUAAUUGUUGUCACAUGUUCAUUAGAGCACUUACUCAGGUGCCUUUGAUACUUAACCUGACUUGUGUGAUUUGGUGCACAAAAGUAAAUGUUACAUUUAUGUAGGUGCCAGACUUCUGACAGUGACAUACAGGCAUCUAAAUAGCCAGGCUUGGUUAUUUUUCUAUCUUGCUAAGAGAUUCCCAUCUCAUGGUAGUCUUAUGCUGUGAGUUGGAUGCUUCAGUGUCCAAUGCUUAAUCAUAAUUUUCAAGUUACUGUUUUUUUAUCCAAUUGAACGGAGCAAAAUAUUUCUAAAGAGAGAUGAAUCCCACACUAUGUGUGGUGCUUUCUGUUUCACAGCUAACCUGGGCUUCUUUCUGGCAGACUGGUAUGUUGCAAUGCAUAUAGGUGACAAUUAAGAAGUAAAGCAUAUUAAGAAAAUGCUUCCUUGCUGCAAGCAGAAGAAUGAAUAUUUAGCUUUCCUGUUAUCACAUGAUACUGUAUUUUUCUCCUAAAUCAUACCUACUGUUGGCCUUGGUUUGGAUUUGUCUCUGUAAAAUCUCUGUAGAUAAACAAAUGGCUAUCUCAUGUAUUGGGAUCUAAUGUCCCUAAACAGAAGACAACUUUAAAAAGUUAUGACUGUAGCCAACUAAAUGGGUGGUUUUUUAAAACAAAACAAAAGACAAAAACCCUGGUCAUACUCCCACAGUCUUUCCAACCAUCAGAAAUUUAUGGAGUUAAAUAAAAAAGCAAAGGCUGGUUUGCUCCUGCAGCAGCCCUUUUGUGGAUAGUAUACCGUAGGUCCUUUCUCUCUCUCUCUCUCUCUCUCUCAGCAUUUGUAACUUUAAAAUCCUUGCUAAUCACAUUCUCCCUGCUUCAGCAUCUCUACUGGGAUGGGAGAUGCAGUGGUGAGUAACAGAAUGACUUGCAUUACCCUAGCCUGAUUCUGCAUCCAGGGUAGCAAAAUGAUAUCCUUCAAGCUGAGGGUGUGUUCAUGUCAUAUUUCUGCUAAUAAUAAUAAGCAUUAAAAAUUACUUGAUAGAUGCUUUUUUCUAAUGGGUGAAUUAGAAAAAAGUAUCUGUCUCAUACCUCUCGAUACAUAGUAUUAACAGGUCUAUGCACUGAAUUUCCAAACAGAUGAGAACUACUUCCAACGAGCAGGACUAAUGUAACUAUCACCUCACCCAGAUGAAUUUAAAGUCACUCUGAGAUCUUUCCUUAAUUGAAACUUUCACAAUUUUAAAAAAUGCUUCAGUUUUUACAAAAAAGCAAAAGGGAGACCCAGAAAGCAGCUAGCACAAUAUGUUCUGACACAAGAACAAUAUUUGGUUUCCCCAUGCAAUUCCCACCCACCCCUUUUACGAAAGAGCUUAUGCUGUGAACCAACAAUGUAGAUUUUAAAAACCAGCGAGUGCCAAACACAGGAAUUAGAUCUGGGUAAUAAGGUAUGACCAAACUGCGGGAGGCAGUGGAAGACAGGAGUGCAUUGCGUGCUCUGGUCCAUGGGGUCACGAAGAGUCGGACACGACUAAACAAACAACAACAAUAAGGUAGGGGAAUUACCCAAAUCUUCCUCCUGAGGACAGAACUACACUUGAUUCAGGUUGCCAUCAAUAUGAAAGCAAAAUUUCAAGUACUCCCUGACCUCUGUAUCGUGUUUCAGCUGGAGUUGGGGGGUCAAUCUCUUGACAGUGAACCUAAUUAGGCCCACCAUGCCUCCCCAUUUGGUCCGCCAGGUAUAAUAAAGAUAACAGGCAUUCCACUGGCCCUUCUUUAUUGCCUAUGUGAAGGCAUCAUACCUCACAUCAUAAAUGGUGUCUAGUACGGGGCAAGUAAAGCUGGACCAAAAAAAGGGGUGGAGCACCCAGCUGAUCAGCACUGGGUGCAGUUAUUUGCAAGGCACUUUGAAGCCCUGGCUGUCAGCUGAUCACUGGAGCUGGUGGUACUUGAAGAAUACCUGCACAGCCAAAGUCCCAACAGUUCACUGGGAUUGGCCCAGGGAGCUGGAGGAAGUAGCUCGGAUUCAAAGCACUUCCUUCACUGCUUUCUCAGAAGAGAUGAAAAAAUGCUCAAUUUAAAAACUUGGUGCGUUUUUGUUUUUUUUUCUUUUCCCAGGGGAGCAAUUUAUAUUCAAAGCGCUGGAGGAAGUGCUUUGAAUAUAAACAGCUUUCUCUCCAAAGGAGGAAAUGUUCCAAUUAUAGGAGCAUUUUGCCCUCUGCAGAUACUUCAAAGGGGUUCCCUGUAACCAACAAUCAGUCAAUUAUCUGUUACAGUGACCUCCAAGCUUUGACAAGUGUCAGUCACCUCAUGCCAUUAUGAAGUCAGGUGGACUUUGCAAGUCAGGUUUAUUUGCAAGAGAUGAGGAAGAUAAGGAAAUGCCAGAAGCAAUUCCCGACCCAACCCCUAGUUUAGUCAGACUUGCCCCAGUUUUGUUUCCUUGCCCCCCUGGUGGAAGAACAGCAUGGGAUACAGAGGACUAAACAUGGCAGCAAGGAGUGAGAAUUUGGCAUAUCAUUUAAAUGUUCAGUAGCAACCCUUUAUCAAGCAGCCUUGUACCUCUGCCUACCAGCCUGCUUCCAAGUCUAUGUAAUCUUCUACUGACAGAUGAAGCAGAAGUGUCUGGUGGGAAUUGAUUGCUUUGCAAUUGUCCUGAUGCAGGAAGAAAAAUGACAUAACGUGUACAGUCUUUGAGCCCUUUAGAUCAGCUGUAGAAGCCCUUUCUUGUGUCUUGCCGCCGUCUGAAAUCUUGCUGGUGGUAACAGGGAAGAGGGCCUUGGUUACGGGGAUCUCCCUGCUCCAAGAAAACCAUCCAUGCCUAUUGCCACUGGCCUUAUGCCAUCAUCUUGCAGCAUUUUAGACAGGACAUUAGUCUGUCCUUUGUUUGGCUUUUGUCUCCCCUUGGCUCCAUGAUGAUUUUGCUGGUCUGUGAGCUUCUGUUGUCUUAGGUUUAAGAUGGUUCCUCUGUUUCAGUUUGUGUUUAGCUGUUUUUGGUUAGUUGCUUACUUUAAGGUCAGAGGCGGAAUAGAAAUUUCAAAACACAUAAAGGGCUGGAUUCAGCUAAUGAGUCCCAUCAGUGGAAGCCCUGUGCCAGAACCUCUGCUUGCUCUACGGGGCUUUACCCCUGUCCUCCCCUCGUUUCCCCUGGAAAGGGCUGGGGGGGGGAGUAUUAGGAGAACCCCCUGGAACAGCGUGCCUGGGGAGGAGAUGCAGAAUUGUUCUGUCUGGCAAGCUGAAUUGCUUUCUGUUACAAAACUCCUCCCAGAAUAGUUUCUCACUAGAUACUAAGUUGAUCAACAUUAAGGAGUUUUUCUUUAAUGUCGAAAACGCUUGUCAAGUUGCUAUGCAAAAUCUCCACUUGGAUUAGUUGGUGUAUCUUUUUAUAGACAACUUUCUGGCUCUCAGUUGUAUGAUCUUCAGCUGAACACUCCUUAAUUAUUCGAGCAACUGAUGCUGAAGUAUUUUAAUAUUGGUAAUAAUAAGAUACUUCUGGUCUGUGCUCCUGCACAGUAAAUGUGAAUAGUGGAUGCUUAAAUGUAUUGCUGAGAGAGAAUUUUGAAAUUUGGUGGAAGCAAAACCUUUGUGAGGCCUGUGAAAAGCGUUGUUUGCAGAGUCCAGUUCAUUCUCAAAUCUUUGUUCCCAUGGAGUGAGCUAUUCAGGAGAGUCCUACACAGAACCCUAAAACUGAUACAUAAUCAUGCUGCUUUUCUACUUUUUGGUUCUGGGAGCUGGGCCUUUAACUCUUUUAUUUCCUGCUUCAUUUUACUUUUAAUUUUAAAUAUGUGGUGAAAUGUGGUGACAAUGUAUUUUUGCAAUACUUUUUUUGUCUUUAACAUCCAAAAAAAUGUGUGAAUGUGGGUCUAAAAUUCUUAUUGAUUCCUCCCCUGGAUUUAAUUACCAAUUUUAACGGCAAGUAUAUUACCUGUGUUUACACCCUCCAUGCUUUUUACGGUAACCUUUUUUGUUCUUGCUUACCUGUUCAUCAUUUUAAUUGCCGCCUUUUUUUUUUGUUCAUACAAACCUCCUUCAUGCUUAUUUUGUGCUGCUUUCUUGUCCCUCCUCUCCUUCACCAAAACCUGGUUCCUGUGCUGCGGCUGUCUGCAUUGAACGCCUCUUCCCACUCCUUUUUUGCCUUCUCCUACCCAUGAAAAUUCUGCAGGGUUUUAUGGCCUGGACGAAUCGGACCUCGACAAGGUUUUUCACUUGCCCACUACCACUUUCAUUGGAGGAAAAGAAUCUGCUCUCCCUCUUCGGGAAAUCAUCCGCCGUUUAGAGGUAAGAGACCUGCACAGGAUGCAGGAGCCUUGGAGAGUCAGCACUGUUUGGAUGUUGUCACUUUUCUUCCCUCCCUACCCCAGUGUAUACAUAACAAGGCAUGGUACAGGCUUUAGAAUUGUGUCUUUCCUCUGUUCCUUUCAUAAGCUAUAAAAGCACUGCUCCCCACCAAGCCAUGCUGAAUUCAGCACACAAUCUUCACUCCCUCUUCUACAUGCUGAGAGUGGAUAAAAAAUUAGCAAGAGAUCAACUCCCCAACUCACUGUGCAUAGAGUUCGCAAGGUGGAGUGGUGUCCAAACAGCACUCUAAUCAGAAACAAAGCAAUUUAUCCCAAAUAAUUACCCUCUGUAAUAGUUACAGUUGGUCGGUCUGCUUUUUAACAUGGUGCUAACUUUGUAGUCCAGAAAGUAAUCUUCACACUGGGCAAAAGAUUCCUGCAUUGCAGGGAGUUGAACUAGAUGACUCUCGUGGUCCCUUCCAACUCUACAACUCUAUGAUUCCAUGCCAGAAAAAGUAUCCCAUUACACACUCGUGUGACAAAAUAAACACUGGCACCUUAUUUCCCAAGUGACGUCAUGCCUACAUUUCCAGUUGGUAUUAGCUUUGUGUAGGAAAGAGAGCCACUGUGGAGUAAUGAUUAGAUUAGUGGACAAGGUCCUGGAAGACCAAGGUUUGAAUCCCUGCUCAGUCAUGAAGCUCACUGAGUGAUGUUGGGCCAGUCACAGUCUUGGCAAAGCGACCUCAUACGAUUGCUUUUGAGGUGGGUGGAAUAGAGAGGAGCAGUACCAUUAUGCCACACUGAACUCCUUGGAAGAGAGGUGAGAUAUAAAUGAAAUAAUUAAAUAAACAAACCUACUGUUUGAAUCUUCUGCCUUAACACUGGUACUGAUCUGUACUACUCCCUAGUGGCAGCUGGUAAACGUGAGUUCUCAAAACAAUUUAGAAGCAAUAAUAGAAUCCUAGAAUUGAGGACCAUCUGGUCCAACCCCCUGCAGAGCAGAAAUUCUACCAUUGGCCAUUACGAGUGAAGAAGCGAGUGUUCGCAUGAAAGAUAGCAAACUGGUCCUGUAGGCAAUUUGCGGCAGACCCCUUCAUAGGUGGUCAAAUAGCUGCCUGUGGUGUUUCCGUUGCCGAUGUGCUGCUUCGGAAAUUGCAAGAGGGAGCUGCCUCUUGUUGGAAUAUUGUGGAAGCCCAUGUUGAUACCUUUCUACACUGUAGUCUGAAAUGUAAAGUACAUUUUUAAAGUCUGUAUGAAUUCUCCUUAGAGAUGUUAGCAUUGUGUGUGAGGAUUUGGGCAGAUAAGACGCUGUGGCAAAUAACCUGUCCCCAGAGAAACUAUAUUAGGGUAAUAUACUGCAGAGGGAUAAGGUAUUUGACCCUGGUGCUCUGGCAGCUUCAAAAAGGCAGUGAAAUAGAAGAUAAAAUGUGGUUAUCCAAUGGGGAAAAUGUGAGAACACCAGUCCUUCCGGAUGUUGCAACUACAAAAACUACUGUGCUCUGUAAACUAUGAACAUAUUAAAGCUUAAAAUUUUAAUGGUCAUUCUUGAUGGAAGAGCAUUUCUUACGCCUGUUUUCUGGCAGUCAUACAGAUUUUUUUUCCUUGCCAGUGUGGGUGCCUCUUGCUCAGCACAGCAAACGAACAGCUGCUGCUGACUCUUGAAAGGGGAAGAGAUGGGAAGGAGAAGAAAAACCUCAAGGACAGGAGCGCUCCUUUCCUGUCUCUGUCUUCUGUAACUGUGUUGUGCAGAAUAAAGGCAACCACUCAGCUUCCUCACCUGCAGUGGCUUUUCUUGUCCAUCUUAACUUCUCAAAAUGUAUCUCCUUUUACUCUGGGUUUCAGAGUUAUCUUUCCACUCAGUAAGCAGGUUAUAAUUUGCAUACUUCAUAAGGCAACACCACUUCCUAGUGAAGAAAAUGCAACCUUGGUGUCCUCUGCCUACAUUAGUUCUGUGUCAUGACUAUGCCUAAAAAUAAUUUCCAACAAGGCUGUGCAAAGGUCAGUCUUGCCAACACUUGCCAGACAUUCCUUUGCUCUUCUGCUUGCAUCUCCUGCCAGUUCCCUGCAUUGGUAUUAAAAUUUGAACAUAACCGAUUUAAAAAGUAGCUAGUUACAGUCACUUAUGUUAUGUCUUACCUUUCUGAGUUUCAAACAUCUACCUUCAGGGAGCAUUUUAGCACUUCAUCUGUGCAUUGCAAAGGAUUCUGGGUCACAUUUUAAGGUACAUAGGUUACCGGCCAGCCCUCUUUAGUCUUACUGUUGCUGCAUGUGAAUGUAAACUACAUUCCUCUGCAGCUACACAUUUCAAAGACAGAUUAUUAGUGGUAAUCAAGCUGUUGUUUUCAAGGAAGUUUGUCUGCCAUAAUCGUCUUAUUGAGGAGCCCUUGAUAAGUUUCCAAGUUUUGAAAAAUACUAGCUUAUUUGAAGACCUUAGAUGUUCAACUUCUGUUUUUCCAGUCCCAGAUUUGAAUGAAACUGCACAGACUUCAUGUGCCUGAUUCAGGAAAGUAUAUCUCAUUCAAAUUAAUGAAACUGGCAAGUUCCAGAGCCCGUGGGGUGCAGUAUAUAAGAUUUGGAUUGUCAAGACCUCAGCUCAGAUCCUAAGUCAUCACUGGACAGUCUUCUGCCCCUCUCUUGGUGUAGUGUACCUUACUGAAUGGUUAUGAUGGUAAAAUGGAAUUGCCCAUUAUGCACUGCCCCAAGUUCUUUAGAAGAAAAGAAGGAUAAAUAAAUAAAUAAAUAAAACAUAAUUAUUUGAUGAUAUAUAGUUGUUCAAAAAGCACUUCUUUAAUCUGUGCUGUGAGAUGGUCAACUCUUUUGCUUUAUUUUGUGUUGAAACUUUUUUGUGUUUAAUAGAUGGCCUAUUGCCAACACAUUGGUGUAGAGUUCAUGUUCAUUAAUGAUCUGGAGCAGUGCCAAUGGAUAAGGCAGAAAUUUGAAACUCCUGGUGUCAUGCAGUUCACUAACGAGGAGAAGCGCACCCUGCUGGCUAGACUAGUCCGGUCGACCAGGUACUUGCAUUUCUUCAACUUCCCUGAAUUGUGGGGUUUUGUUUUGGGGUUUUUUUUGUGUGUUUGGGGCGGGUCUGUUAGGCCCCUCAGGGCUCAAGUUUCAUGGCAGUGGACAAGCGGCCUACAAGCAUAGAUUCACAGCCCAGAAGGACCAAAUGGUUCAAGAGUUGAUUGACAUUCUCAGCAAACUGAGAUGCACACAUAUGGUUCUAACCCAGUGUUUUUCAACCAGUGUGCUGUGGCACCCUGGGGUGCCUUGAAUGAUGGUCAGGGGUGCCGUGGGUCAACACUGUCCCCCUUUCCUUUCCUUUCCUUUCCUUUCCUUUCCUUUCCUUUCCUUUCCUUUCCUUUCCUUUCCUUUCCUCCUUCCUCUGAUGCCCUCUUGCCUCUCUGCCUCCCCAAGGCUUGCACAGCUGUUUGUUGCAGCAGCCCUGGCUACAAGCUCCCCAGGUGAAUGGUGCCUCUGGGGCUGGUCAGGGGGCGUGCUGGUUGCCAGGAGCUGAGGCGGCAAGCAAGUGGAUAAGCAAGCAAGUGGGUGAGGGAACCCAGCCAGCCAGCCAGUCCGUCAGCCCUUGCUGUUGGGAAUGGACAGACAAGUCCCUGGGCCCUGUGGGGCAGUGUGAGAAGACACCACUCAUUGGGGCGGAGCAGCUCAGAGACCAGUGGCAGUGGCUGCCCAGAAGACUCCCAAGGAGAGGAGCGGAGAGCAUUUAUCAGAGUUGUUCUACCUGGCCUUUGGCUUGGAGCCAAUUUGAUUCCCUCCCUCUCUUUCUUUUUUCUUUUCCUUCUCCUCCUGCGAUGAGGCUACAUUUUAAUAUUUUAAUGUUUUAAUAUUUUAAUGUUGUAUUUUAAUUUUGUUUUUAAGUUGUAAUCAUUCAACUUGUUUUUAUUAUUGCUUGUUAGCUGCCCUGAGCCCAGCCUCGGCUGGGGAGGGCGGGGUAUAAAUAAAAAUUAUUACUAUUAUUAUUAUUAUCAUCAUCAUCAUCUCCUGCAAUGCAGUUUAAGUGAGGUUUUUGUUUUUUAAGCUAAGCUUUCUCUCUGGCAUGUACAUGUUCCUUGACUAUAUUUUUCCAGCUAAAGCUGCAGUCAGGAGUGGUGUUAUCCUCUCCAUCCUACCGCAGUUAUACAGGAUGUAUUUUUUUGUGCUAAUGGCACUGAAUGUAGGCCAUCAUUAGUAUGGCAUGAAGGGAAAAGUCUGCUCUUCAUUUAGGAAAGACCUUGGAUGUUGGCUCUUCUCACUUUUCUCUGCUUACUCACAUCUUUGACCUAGUUUUACAUUGAGAAUAACUGUGUGUAACCUCAGAUCACACAUGUUCUGAACCACCCUGAGAUCUACAGGUAUAGGGCAGUAUACAAAUUUAAUAAAUAAUAGUAAUGUGUAUGUAUGUCAUAAUCUAGUUGCAUGGCUUCUUCUGCUAUCUCUCUAGAGAUGACUUGCAAAACUAUUCUCCAGAAUCUUUAUCAUUUCCCCUUCAUCUUCCCGCCCCCCUGCCACCUCCUGUUUCUGAGUGACACAACAAGAUAUGACCAUGAUUUAGCACUGGUUUUAACUCUUCCCUUUCUUUUGAAUAAUGCAAUUCAUUAUAUUGCUAUUUCCUCUACAGCUCUUGAGUAAUGCUUAUUAUGCCUGUAAGUUUAAUGCAAUUGAAGUUCUUCAGCCAUUAACUACUACCGAUGUUCCAACUCCUGUUUGUGUCCACAUCCGCAAUGCUUUAGAUUGAGGAGGAGGAGGGAGUUAUAGGAAAGUUCUCCACAUGCAUCUUUCACCUCUGUUGUCUCUGAUGUCCAGCUUGUGAGGGAAAACAGUGGGAAGGGUUAACUGCCAGAACAUCCCAUGCAGAGCCAGUGGGUCAUGGUGCAGAGAUAAAUUCCUGUCAGAAUCACUUCCUUCUUGGAGCUUUUGAGUCAUUCUAGUUGGUUGUGUGGCAAUUCUUGUCGGACAAAUGACGUAUAUCUUCUGUUUUCCAGAUUUGAAGAGUUCCUGCAUAGGAAAUGGUCAUCUGAGAAGCGAUUUGGUUUGGAAGGCUGUGAGGUGCUGAUCCCCGCCUUAAAGACAAUAAUUGACAAGUCUAGCCAAAAAGGAGUGGAUUAUGUCAUCAUGGGGAUGCCUCAUAGGUAACUUCAUCCUCACAGAAAGCUGAUUAUCAGAAGAGAGUUCUAAGAGUGCUGAAGAUACACUGGCUAGAAAGUUGUACUUUAAUUUGAGAGGCCUGAACUGAUACCUCAUCCCUGCCAUGGCCUUAUUUAAUUUUAUUUAUAUGUUGGGCAAGUCUUUCUUCUCUCAGCUCGGUGUCCCACUUUUAAAAUGACUGGUAUUUUUAUAUCUGACAGACAUGUUGUGAAGACAGACACAGAACUUGUGAAGUGUAGUGCAGUCCUCAGCCAUGAAAUUCACCUGGUGGCCUAGGGCUGAUCAUCACCUCACAGGGUUGUUGUGAAGAUGGAACAGGGAGGGAUAGAAGCUUGUGUGUCCCUUUGAGGUCCCUGUAGGAAAAGUGAGAUAUGACUUUAACAAUGAAUGAAUGAAUAAAAGUGUCACAUGAACUGUAACUAGUAGUGGUAGAUGUUUUUAUAAACAAGAAAUGUUACAAUCUUUUUUUUUUACUUUAAGGGAAGGUGUGUCAGAAUGAGUCAAAGAAUCUUGUUUCCAAGACAAGUCUGCACAGUUUCUUGCUAAAUGUGGUUUUGGUUUUCCAGAGGGCGUCUGAAUGUGCUUGCCAACGUUAUCAGGAAGGAGUUGGAGCAGAUAUUCUGCCAAUUUGAUUCUAAGCUGGAAGCUGCCGAUGAGGUGAGUUACUCCUUAAUUUGUGUUUGAAUUGUCUCCUCCUACUUCACUCCACGGGGAGAUAAUGAUUAGUUAGCUUUGAAAGUAGAAGCAACAGCACUGUACCCGUUUCCCCUCCAAACAUCCUCUCUUAGGAUGGAUCUAGACACAUAAAAAAGUGUUACAGGAAAACGAGUUCUAAAUCUCAUAAUGGAAAAUCACAUUGCCGAAGGACCAAACUCUACAGUGCCAUCUGGUGUUGCAUGUCUAUAACACAGUUAUAACAAUAUAAUCGCCGGAAUGUAGCUGAGUCAUGUGGGAUUUUAAAAGCUUGCCUUCCAGUAUUUUUGUCACUUGUUCAGUGAGGCCAGCUUGGCUACAGCUUUUCUACAGUGUUGAAGUUAUAUGCAACUUUUUUACACAGCACAGAAUGUCAUUUCCGUUGUGACUGAAUGUCAUUAGUGAAUUUUUCAGUUCUCUGAACCUGGCCUUUCAUAGAACUUGAGCUUCCAGAGUAGAUAAUACAGGUUAUGAUCCAGUAGUACUAUUGCUGCCUUGUUCUGAGCAGUGGUGGCUUUAUUAAAGUGAGCCUUGUGAGAUACCAAGCACUUCUCAGGUAACCUAGGAUAAUACCAAAUGUAACCAUGGUACAUGAUUAUUGAUUCCUAGCAGCCACUCAUACAGGUAUCUGCAUAUAAGGUAAUAGUGCUGAAAUCUCAUUCUGGAUAGAUUCCUUCUUGAUAGUUGCAAAAGCUCAUCAAUUUGAACAGAGGUGAAGGAAGGAAGGAAGGAAGGAAGAAAGAAAGAAAGAAAGAAAGAAAGAAAGGAAGGAAGGAAGAAAGUCUAAUCAGCACCAUUCAUUCCCUGUUCUGUGUUUGAGUUCUGGCCGUCUCUAUGAUAGAUCUGAAUGAGCACUCCAUGCACCUUGAACUUCCAGUUCAUUCCCUCCUAAAGAACUCAAACCACAAACAUUUUGCAACCAAACAUGAGGCUCUGAAAACUGACAGCAUCAAAGGCCCAGGCUACUUAAUCUGUUUUACACUCUCUCUCCUCAGGGCUCAGGGGAUGUAAAGUAUCAUUUGGGAAUGUACCAUCGGAGGAUUAAUCGUGUCACUGACCGAACCAUCACCCUUUCACUGGUUGCAAAUCCAUCUCACUUGGAGGCUUCUAAUCCUGUCGUUCAGGGCAAGACAAAGGCAGAACAGUUUUAUUGUGGGGACACCGAAGGGAAGAAAGUAAGUUGGUCCUUUUCAGUUGUACGUGUAUGGGUGGACAAAAUGGAAAAACUUUUAUUUGGUGGCCAAAUAGUUACAGCUAUCAAACACUGCUUAUUGUACCUGCUUCCUUCUCUAGCCAGUUAUGUCUCCUCAAAGAGCAUCACUACAGUCUGCAUUCAGUUCUGGGCACUUAGUGCUUCAAGAUUAUUGACAAGCCUUUUGUUUGUGUUUUGGUUCUCAAAGGUGAUGUCUAUUCUUUUGCAUGGAGAUGCCGCUUUUGCUGGGCAAGGUAUAGUUUAUGAGACUUUCCACCUGAGUGACCUGCCUUCCUAUACCACACAUGGGACUGUUCACGUGGUAGUGAACAACCAGGUAAAAUAUGGAUUUCAUUAUAAUGUCAGCUUCCCUAACUCUUUUUUCCACUUCAAAAUCUACCAAGAAGAGUACCAGUGUGAUCUUUUGAACUUGGUUGUGUGCAUUUUUAGUAGAAGCUGGGUGAUGCUGUUAUGUACUGAAACUGAAUCAGAUUUCUCUUCCUUCCAAAAUGUAUGGGAAAACAUCUUGAAAGGCCAUGCCCGCUUCACAGAUUGCUGCUGGCUGAGCUAUAACAGUUCACAACCAACGCACUGGCUUUUCAUAAUUGAGCUAAUUCAUUGAGAAAAUGGUUUGGCUCGUCUUAUUCAUGCUAGCUUUCCUGGAUCUUGGCAGAACUGAGUAUAGAAGACUUUCUGAUCUCCUGGCAGUCUUGAUGAAAUGCAUCUACUUUUGUCUCACCUGUGGAAACUCUUUGAAAACUAAAACUCUUCAAAAAGAGACUAGUUGGUUUUUCUCUUGUUCCUUACCUCAGAUUUGUCAAAUGAACAUUUGAAAUUGAAGUCCAGGAUAUAGCUAAGCUUUUCUGUUAAGCAGCAAGAAUUCACUGCUUCUUUCUUUACCAUUAACCUUAAAAUAAAAGCAGCUAAAUUAUUGCACAGUUGAGAUUGAAGCAAAUACAUCAGUACUUCAGCCGUGCCUAAUGAAGACCAUUUUUUUAGUGGUUAGACGAGAGAACUAGGAGUGACUUAAAUAAGAUGAACUAGAUUUCAUCUUGGACUUCCUAAGGCAUCUUAAUGCUGAUGAUUCCAAAACAUGCUAGUAGAUAGGGUCUUCCAGUAAAAUGAUCUUGUUCCACUGUUAAAGAGAAAGGUCAUCGCUGACCAGUUUGGUUUUUUGGGGGAGGGAAGCCUUUACUGAAUAGAGACACAUAGGAAUUCAUCAGUUAGCAGCCAUGAGAACCUAGACAGUAGGCAUGAAAAAUGGAGGGGCUACUAUCUAAGAUGCUCCUCCCACAGUUAUCUUUAGCAAGUGAGAUCCCCCCCUCCCAGUUUCUCAGUGUUCUGCCAGACCCUUACAGAUUUGCUUGAAGUAGCCUUCACUGUACGCCAAGAAAACAAAUGCUGAUUACAACUUUUUGAAGUUUUUGAAUGAAAAAAAACAUGGUGUGCAAACAUUCAUUCUAUUUUAUUUAAAUGCCGCUUUUCACUUACAGGAGUCGAAAAGCGGCUUACAUUCAAUAAAUAAUAUAGUAGAACAUCACAGUUGCAACAAAUUAUAUAAAACAGUUGACAAAUCAAUAGUAAAAAAAAACCCCACCUAUAAAGCACUCUUCACAAUUACUUAAACUGCUUCUAUUAUCUUCUGCAGAUUGGAUUCACUACUGACCCUCGAAUGGCUCGUUCUUCUCCAUACCCAACAGAUGUGGCCCGGGUGGUUAAUGCACCCAUUUUUCAUGUCAAUGCUGAUGACCCAGAGGCUGUGGUGUAUGUAUGCAAUGUGGCAGCUGAAUGGCGGAGUACUUUCCACAAAGAUGUAGUGGUGGAUCUGGUAAGUGCUGCCUCCUGUUUUGGGGGAUACCUGUGUGAUCUGCGGGUAUGAUAAUAUGUUUGAGAAGGAACAUAAAUAUAUUGUAGUAAACAUGCUAAAACUUAAACCCAUAAGCCUUUGUUUGUGUCAUUAACAUUUCCCUUUUUCAUUCAAGUAAUUUCAUUCAAAUAAAUUCAUUCAAUUUAGAUUACACUGAAACUUGCUAAAAUGUCAUCACAAUUAGUCCCUCUGAAAUUUUCUUUGCAUCAGAUAUCUCCAAAUAGUUAAUAAUUGGUGCUUGGAACUUCCUUUAGUUUUUGAAGAUAUAAUGAGGUUUCUGUUUUUCUCUCCAAAUGUGCUAGGUAUGCUACAGGCGCAAUGGGCACAAUGAAAUGGAUGAGCCAAUGUUCACCCAGCCAUUGAUGUACAAGCAGAUCCGAAAGCAGAAGCCAGUGCUACAGAAAUAUGCUGAGACUCUAGUUUCACAAGGAGUGGUAAAUCAGCCAGAGUAUGAGGUACACUCAUCUAUGCCUUCACAGUCAAUCUGGAGCUACUGACCCAUUUUAACCUCUUAGAGAUGUUGUAUAAUCUUACUUUAAUGACUAAGCGGAAGGAAGCUCAACUGAGGUCAAAGAAGUGCAAACUAAAAUUUACUUUAGCAUAUAUGGCAAGAUCAUCUGUCACCAUCUCAAGCUGAAUACAGAAGGUUGUAACAGCGUUUUAAAAAAAGAACUAGGAAAAGAAUCUAGUAUAAAUGAAAUAUAAAGAAGUUGAAGAAGCAUUCUGAUAAAUGGGGAGGAUGAAGCUCUGAACAAAAUAUCAGAGAGGUUUAAGUAUGAUGCGUGGUUACGCUUCAGAACAACAAAACUCUUUAAAAAAUGCUGGUUCCAUCUUGCUAAUGCUGUUGCCAUUUCUUGGCCCAGAAUUUCUCCUCCACUCUAGUCCUAUAAAUAUUACACUAAAGCUUAGAACAGUUUUCUAUCAUCAGUCUAAAACCACGUUUAUUGUGUCAUGUCUAACAGUUAACUGUCGUGGAGAGGAGUUUCAGAGCCUGUUGUUAUUCUGUAACUAAUCAAAACAAUACAGAAUGACACAUAUUUAAGAUAAGUUGUAAUUAUAUUUCUUCAUGUUGCCAGGUGAUAGGCUUCCCUUUAUUUGCAGACUAAAAAUACAAGUUGGUGACUCAAAUGGUGGUAAACAAGGGGAGUGGGGGAAGAUCACUAUCCACAGACCCACCAAUAUACCGUGCAGAAGGAGAGUUAGGAUUUAUUAGAAGCACACAUACCCUGCAUGAUUAGAGGGGCCAGGAUUGAAAUACCCAAUGGUGUGCAUCAUCCAAUCACAAUCUCCCCACCCCAUCUAGCACUAUUUAAGCUGUUAUGAGUUCUGCACUCUUGGCAGAUUCUGAUGGGGUUAAUUUGGAUUGGAGCAAAUAGUUUUCACUCUCACCCCACAUGACACCUUUAAGAUGCGAACGGGGCAGAUCUGAAGAUACCUGAAGAUCUUGCAGAUGGGGCAGAAACGUUAGAUAAUUCCCUAACUCACCCCCAAACCAAAAGUACGCCUUACUUGUAGCAGAUUGUGUGAUUUUCUUUCACCCUGCCACCCCAUGCAUAGAUAACUUGUGUCUGUUCACCACCCUCAUGCCACCUGAGUUCCAUGGCAGCAUAUGAGCAAUGUCUUCCAACUUCGGGGCCUAUUCCUUUUUUAAAAGGAGGUGUCUCCUGGGUAUACUUUCUCCCCCAGCUGUGUUAUUUUCUAUGUUACCUUUUUAUGACCAUAUUGAUUGUAGUAGGACAAUGCCCUUUUGUGUUGGAAGGAAAUAUAGUAAAUAAGUCAACAUCAGUCAACUGAUGAGCAGCUUGAAAUUCCAUAUCACAUGGUUUUGCUGCUGUUGUUUUCUGAUGGUCUUCCUUUUGUUCACUAGUUUUCAUGGUCUUUAAUAUGUUGGAAACAGCUUUGGCAUUUUCCUAUAAAGGGAAAGCAGUAUCUUAAUAUUUUUAAAGAAUAAAAUGAAUAAAUAAUAAUGGAAUAGAAUGCAGUUAUAAUAGAAUGCUUCCUGAACUCUUUUUACUUAGAAUGAACUGAUGCCAAUUUUUCAGUUUAGGCUCACCCUUCUAACUCUUACAUUGUGUUGGUUAUGCAUUUCAGGAGGAAAUUUCCAAGUAUGAUAAGAUCUGUGAAGAGGCCCUUGCCAGGUCCAAGGAUGAGAAAAUCCUUCACAUCAAGCAUUGGCUUGAUUCUCCGUGGCCUGGUAGGCACUGGCUGCUUCCUAUUACCUUUUGUUAAAAGGUAGUUCUGCUGCCAGGGGAUUACACAUGCAGCUCCUGGCACUAAAAAGAGAUACUUGCCCCACGCUCCAAGUACUGAAAUCCCAUAUAAAAACUGUAGGAAGAUGUGAGCAUUACACACUUAGUAAACAAAAUGCAGACAGUAAAGAGAGGGGCACUUUAUGAGCAAGUUUUGUCCUUUUUGCAGAUGCUCUGGCAAGGAAUAUAGUGUUUAGCUCAGGAUGGUUUCUUUGCCAAGUUUCUUCUUCUCAAAGGGAGAAAGGCAAUGAAAGGGCCACUUUUACAUAGUUUAGUCUUCCAGAAACUAGAUCUUCCUCCACUGUUCUAUGAAUGGGAGGCUCAUCGCAUUAAAUGUGCUCUCCUUUACUUCCCCAGGUUUCUUCACUCUGGAUGGCCAGCCCAGAAGCAUGACUUGCCCUUCCACUGGUCUGAAUGAAGAAGAUUUGGCCCAUAUAGGAAAGGUGGCCAGCUCAGUGCCUGUUGAAAACUUCACAAUUCAUGGUGGUAUGACUUUCCACAUUGAUAGCCAUUAAUUCCUCAGGGUUCAUCUUUAAUGUAGUGAAGGCUGCACGAGAAAAGGCAACACUGGGCUUCUUUUACCAUUCCAUUGCACUUUAGUUGGUAUGGUGGACUCUUAGGUACACGGUGAGCCAGUCAGUGUGGGAAUGCUGUAGAUAAACCACCUACUCAUGAAGGGGUUUCAGUGAAGUGAUGUUCUUGUAUGAGGAGACUCACAUAUAAUCUGAGCACUCAGGAGCGGGGGACACUGUGGCACUUGUGCUCUUGCCCAGCCCAUACUGAGCAUGCCUCACAGUGGGCUAAGUACUAGUCAUGUCUUCAGGGGUCCGUGAGGACCAUAUGCUUACAACAUCCUUUGCAAAUUUCUUCAGUCACUUUCAGGUAUAUGUUCAGCAACUGAUGAACGUUCAUCAAUUUCUGUUCUUCGUUUACUUUGAAUGUUUAGGAAUUCUCCAUAUAUAAUAUGUCCCAGUCCACUAUAGAUUUGCUUUAGUGGAAGGAGAUCUUGCUUCAAAACAGAACCUUUCAACUUGGCUCCUUCACCACUUUUUCUUUUGCACCUUUAUAUUAUAAUGUUUUUCAUGUUUUCACCCCAUGUUCUCUGGAGCAGCAGUAUUUCAAGGUAUUUUGGGUGCUGAGUUCAAGCACGAAUGUGAACAGUGCUGUCGUAGAGUCAUCCAUAGAGUUAAGGCUGUACUCUGGAGUCAAUCAUUGUAGUUUCUUCAAGGCAGGCUGAAAACUUUUUCUUCUCUCUCUCUCUGCAGGUUUAAGCAGAAUUCUAAAAACACGUGGAGAAUUGGUUAAUAAUAGAACUGUAGACUGGGCAUUAGCAGAGUACAUGGCAUUCGGCUCUCUCCUUAAAGAGGGAAUCCACAUCCGACUGAGCGGGCAGGAUGUUGAGAGAGGGACAUUCAGGUAACGUGCCCCCAUAAAAAAGAAUGCAGUCCUAAGGGGUUACAUUACAUCUCAAAGUGUCAUUGUACCUAGCAGCAGGUCACAAUAAUGAAUUUGGUCUAAAGCUUUUCCAGCUGCAAAUGAAACACCUUGACCCAGAGCAAUGUAAAUCUAUUAAAUCUGUAUAGUUAGGUGUACCUAACUCCGUGUUAGGAUUGGACUGCAUCUGUGCUUGCUUUAAUGCCUCACCUGGUCUCUCUAACCAGUUAAAUUGCAGAGCUUUCUUUUUUUCCUCUUCAGCCACCGACACCAUGUCUUGCAUGAUCAAAAUGUUGACAAGAGGACCUGUAUCCCCAUGAACCAUCUGUGGCCAAACCAAGCUCCAUAUACAGUCUGCAAUAGCUCCCUCUCGGAGUAUGGAGUGCUAGGUAAGUACAUCUCAUGGCUCCUUACAGAAAUCGAGGGUAAGUUAAUUUGGUACUGUUUGAGUCUCCCACUCAUAAGGUUCCAGAAAAGCAUAUUGUUUUUAAUCUGUGUCGUUGCAGGAUUUGAACUGGGCUUUGCUAUGGCCAGCCCCAACGCCUUAGUGGUGUGGGAAGCCCAGUUUGGUGACUUCCACAAUACAGCUCAGUGUAUUAUUGAUCAAUUCAUCUGCUCUGGACAGGCCAAAUGGGUGAGACAAAAUGGCAUCGUACUGCUGCUGCCCCAUGGCAUGGAGGGCAUGGUAAGAAAACAUUAUUGUUCCUAAACAGUCUUUUGCCUGUCUUAGAUUUAGAUUUUAGAUAGACGUGGCCCAUGCAAUGGCCUCAUAGAAAAAGCUCUUCUGAGAAUAGGAAGGCAGUAGACCAGGCAUCCCCAACCUGCAGCCCUCCAGAUGUUUUGGCCUGCAACUCCCAUGAUCCCUAGCUAACAGGACCAGUGGUCAGGGUUGAUGGGAAUUGUGGUCCAAAACAUCUGGAGGGCUGAAGGUUGGGGGUGCCUGCAGUAGACCCUGAUAAUUAUGUUGCAGGUUAUGAAACAAUGUAGCAUAGCCUCUUCCAUUGUAAGUUUAUGCAUGGCUAAAUAUGAAGUAGGGUCACGGGUGGCGCUGUGGGUUAAACCACAGAGCCUAGGGCUUGCCGAUCAGAAGGUUGGCGGUUCGAAUCCCCAUGACAGGGUGAGCUCCCGUUGCUCAGUCCCAGCUCCUGUCAACCUAGCAGUUCGAAAGCACGUCAAAGUGCAAGUAGAUAAAUAGGUACCGCUCCGGCGGGAAGGUAAACGGCGUUUCCAUGCGCUGCUCUGGUUCACCAGAAGCAGCUUAGUCAUGCUGGCCACAUGACCCGGAAGCUAUACGCCGGCUCCCUCGGCCAAUAAAGCGAGAUGAGUGCCACAACCCCAGAGUCGGUCACGACUGGUCCUAAUGGUCAGGGGUCCCUUUACCUUUACCUUUUAAAGAUGAAGUAUUAGUAGUAAUAGAGCCUGGUGUUCUGAACGCCAUAUAAAGUCUGAAUCAGAUAGUAAGCCCAAAGCCUUUGGCUGCUCUAUUCCUUUUGCACAACAAUGAAAUUGGGACACAAUCAGAACCUUAGGAUUAAAUUAUGGAACAAAGUCCUAUCCCCCCCCCCUUAAUAUUGGCUACUGCUGGUGCCUAAACUGCUUCAGUCAGUAUACAGUUUAGCCAAUUAAGUUUUAAUCCAAAUCCUUGAAAGUCCUUGUGUUUUUGCAGGGCCCUGAGCACUCUUCCGCCAGACCAGAGAGGUUUCUGCAGAUGUGCAACGACGAUCCAGAUGUCUUCCCGGUGAGUUAAGUCUGUGAGAGUACUUCCUGCUCCUUCCUUUUGUGCUUAAGCACACUCUAGUCCCUAUUUCUUGAGUGUAUCAAGAAGUGGUUCCGGAAAGGACUUUUUAAUGUAACAUGUGAAAUGGCGGCCUUGUGUGUCUUGGUCCUCAGCCAUGAAUGAGGUUAUGUCCUUGAAGCCUCUAUAAGUCUCAGUGCUGUGUUACUCCUACCUGGGUAUUAAAAUUCAUACUUGAUCCUCCACUAGCAAUCAAAGUAUGUGAUAGAAGAGUAUAUUGUACAAUUGAUUUUAUUAUAGCCGUGUUUUGGCUGUUUGACUAUUUGUUGAUGCCUGCAGCAUUUCCCAGCCACUAACUAUGGCUCUUGUAUUUUUUUCCUCCUGAAGAAACUAGAUGACUUUGAUGUGCGCCAGCUGUACGACUGCAAUUGGAUUGUAGUGAACUGCUCCACACCAGCAAACUUUUUCCAUGUUGUGCGGAGGCAGAUUCUUCUCCCCUUUCGGAAGCCGGUCAGUAUGUAGAAUGACUUCCUCACUUCAGAAGGAGCAUGUGCUUUCUCCUCCCCCCAAGUCCAGCACACAAGUGGGAUGAUGAAAUGACUUGGGAACCUGUAGAGCCUUUUUGUUCCCCUGGCAUUCUCUUAUCAAUGCAUCAAGGAAAGACAGAAGCCUUGCAGUAUGAGAGAGCUGGAACCACUAGCCUGGAACCAGAAAUAAGUUAGAAGUGGUCCGGCAAGCCAACCAAUCCUUGAUGAAUUCUGAUUAUCCAGAAAGUGUUUUUCCUUAGUAUUUUUACGGCACCCAAUUCCAUGGGAGCUCUGUUUCUGAUUUCUUAAAUGAAUGCCUUUGGACAGAGUGUAUUAUUUUGGUUCUCCUUCAAACUGCAUAACUUUGCCGCUCUUCAGUGAUAAAUAUUUGUGCAGCUCCUGCCCAUUCAUUACUUAGAAAGGCUUUCAAGAGUCAUUGCUGAUGGAAAAAGGCUAGUUUGGGUCAAAUCCAGCUGUCACGCCAAUAGAGUGAAGCUUCAGAGCCUUGCUGGAUCAGACCAAAGAUGGAUCUAUUUUAUUUUUCAUAAAACUGCAUAAAAACCUUCUGUUUCCUGAGCUGUCCCAAGUGUUUUGCCGUCCCCAGAAGUUGAUCUGCAUGAUCCGUUAUGUUUCAGGAUCUCCUGCAGUAUCACAGUGAGUGCAAAUUUGACACAGUUGUGCUCACUCACAAGACAUCAACACUGGUAUUUAUUUAUUUUUGCAAUAGUGUAAGGAACACUGAGGGAUGCGGGUGGCGCUGUGGGUUAAACCACAGAGCCUAGGACUUGCCAAUCAGAAGGUUGGCAGUUCGGAUCCCCACGACAGGGUGAGCUCCCAUUGCUCGGUCCCUGCUCCUGCCAACCUAGCAGUUCAAAAGCACGUCAAAGUGCAAGUAGAUAAAUAGGUACCGCCCCGGCGGAAAGGUAAAUGGCGUUUCCGUGCGCUGCUCUGGUUUGCCAGAAGCGGCUUAGUCAUGCUGGCCACAUGACCCGGAAGCUGUAUGCGGGCUCCCUCGGCCAGUAAAGCGAGAUGAGUGCUGCAACCCCAGAGUUGGCCACGACUGGACCUAAUGGUCAGGGGUCCCUUUACCUUUAAGGAACACUGAAUACUCAAAACACAAUACCACUUCAUUGGCACGCACAGAAGUAAUACUAAGUGGGCAAUUAAAUCUUCUGUCAAAUCAGCCUUCUGUGUAUCCCAUUUGUGUUGCUGUUCUCUGGGCCAGCAGUGGUAGAUCUGGUGCCACUCCCAUCAUCCCUGCCCAUGUUAGUUGGGGCUUUAUGGGAGUUCAGAGUCUAGCAAUGUCUGGAGGUUCACAGAUUCUUCCCUAAGUCAUUCUGUGUGUAUGAUUCAGUUCACUAUGGCAAAACAAUUAUGACUCAAUAAGGCAGAAUUACAAGCAUGAAAAUGGAUAUUUUCCUGGUAAUUAUCAUCAUCUUGGUGUGUGUUAGACAUGUCUGGAUAGACAGUGCUUUCCUAGUAGACUUUGGGUCACAUUGUUACUGCUUCAAAACAUCUGUGUUUGACUGACUUCAGAUUAUUGGGCUUUUUUACUCCUGAAUGUAAGUAUAAUAAUUCAGUACUUAAUUCAGGAAGUGUUUCCAUCCCAUACUGGCUAUAACCCUGGAAUCAUUUUCUUUUCUUUCCUGUCUUAGCUGAUAGUCUUCACUCCAAAGUCCCUGUUGCGUCACCCUGAAGCUCGCUCCAGCUUUGAUGACAUGUUGCCAGGUACGGCAGGCUUGGGACUGGGUUCAGGGAGGAAUUUCUUCCCUUGUAUUCCACUGCCAGGCAGAAGAUAAUGUGACUUGGUAGUCAGGUGAGGAAACAGUAGCCUUGACUUGGGACAGCUGUGCCCUGCAGAAAAACCUGGUCCAUUUUUUUGUGUGGCCACGAAAAGCACAUUUGCUGACUAGGUUUUAGCUGGAUACCUGCUCCCACACUUCCCAUCUCCUGUUCUCUUCAUCUGGUAGGUAGAAAUAUAGCCAGACAGAGCAGAUUCCUAGAAAGGUUGAUUUGGGAGACCACUGUAGGCACUUGCUUAAUCUCAUUUCUAAUUCAGCUUGCUAGGAGAAUACAGGAGAACUUCACAUUCAGCACUUUAAAUACUGCAGCAGUGUUCCACAUUAAUAGUUCAAUAGCGCAGUUCUCUGGUUUAUGCCCUGAGAGUGUCAAGACCCAGUCAAAGGGGCCUCUAACUCAGUCUUUACAUUUGGCAUUCUCCAGGUUUCCAGUGCAGAGUAGCAGUUGCCUCCUGGCAAUCAGGAUUAGCAAAAUACAACACAGUACUGCAUCGGUUGCUUAGUCUUUUUCCCCUAGAGGGUCAUAAUACCGCACAAUGAUGUUGAUCUUUCUCAAGUCUUCUGCAUGCUCAGGGACAGAUUUCAUUUUAUUUAUUAAAUUUGUAUACCACCCUUCAUCCGUAGAUCUCAGGGCAGUUCACAGCAUAAUAAUACAAGAUCAAAAUACAUAAUAAAAACAAAAACAACCCCCCCACCUUUUCCCCACCCCAGAUGUGAUCACCAUAAAUAAAAUCAUGCUCUUGAAGCUACUAUAUAGCUAUUGCUUGCCUCAGACCUGGGAGCUUUGGAACUCAGGUCUAAGGGAACCAGCUUGCUGGCUUUGCUGCUGCUGUAGUCCGCAGCAUCUUUGCAAGGCAGUGCCUUGCCUUGCUUCUGACUUGCUUCAAGUCCCUGUGAAGAGAACCAUGCAUAAGAACCAGUUCUCCACUGCCGUUUAACUCUAAAAUAGGAACUCAAAAGUUCAAGAUGGGCAGCUGGGAACCAAAAUUUCCUUAAGCAGCAUUUGCAUAGCUUUCUUGGUUCUACAAGGGACGCGGGUGGCGCUGUGGGUUAAACCACAGAGCCUAGGACUUGUCAAUCAGAAGGUCAGCAGUUUGAAUCCCUGCAACAGGGUGAGCUCCCGUUGCUCGGUGCCUGCUCCUGCCAACCUAGCAGUUUGAAAGCACGUCAAAGUGCAAGUAGAUAAAUAGGUACCGCUCCAGCGGGAAGGUAAGCGGUGUUUCCGUGCGCUGCUCUGGUUUGCCGGAAGCGGCUUAGUCAUGCUGGCCACAUAACCCGGAAGCUGUACGCCGGCUCCCUCGGCCAAUAAAGCGAGAUGAGCACUGCAACCCCAGAGUCGUCUGUGACUGGACCUAAUGGUCAGAGGUCCUUUUACCUUGGUUCUACAUUAAUCAUAUUUAUUUGGCUCAGUUUUGUCCAUGUAAACACUGUGUCUAAAUAAACGUUCUGUGUCUGACAGGGCUAAUUGUUAACUGAUCUGUAACUAACCCUAAGCUUGCUCAACUGAAACAGCAUUUUCUUUUCCUGUUUACCCCUGCCUCCUUUUUCUGUUUUCCCUGUGUUGAACUUUCAGAUUGUAAGCUCUCUAGAGCAAGGGACCUAUCCCCUUGUGGUCUGUAAAGCACCAGACUUGCUGAUGGGACUAUAUAAAUAAGGUUGUUAUUUAAAAAACACUUCUCCUUUGCAGGGACUCAUUUCCAGCGUGUCAUCCCAGAAAACGGUCCUGCUGCACAGAAUCCAGAGGGGGUGAAGCGAGUUCUCUUCUGCACUGGUAAAAUCUACUAUGAGCUCACCCGAGAGCGCAAGACUCGGGAGAUGGAAGCAGACGUGGCGAUCACAAGGGUGGAGCAGGUAGGGGGGUGCAGGAAUUAUUUCUGUUGCUUAAAAUUGUCAAUGUGAAUCUGUCGUGUGACCUUCUGAGGUCUGAAAUGAAGUAUUUUAGAUUCUCUCUUUAAACUGAAAGGCAUUUUAGGAGGAGGUAUGGGCUGAAUUUUAAAUUGAUACUCCCAAACUUCUUGGCUUGAUAGCCUAGUCUAACCUUCCAAGCACUGCUCUGGAGGCAGUAAAACCCCUCCAGGGGACACAUUUUAGUACUUCAGUUGAGCCCUACAGACUAAAGUUCUGAAGUGGAGCAUUUAUUGUUCAAGCAUGCUGCAGACAUAUAACAAGGAGCUCAUUCUAGAAACAGACUCUUAAUGGUGUUGAGCAGCAAUUUGCAGAAUACUUAAGAGAUUCAGGUCAGCUGGGUUUCCUAUAGAGGACAUCUCCAUUAAGCCCUGGGGGUUUGUUCCCUCCCCACCUGAUCUGUGAACAAGGGCCGAGGUAAAUAUUCUUGCAAUCUGCCUUUACUUUCAGGGGAAAGUGGUUUGUGCCCAUGUCAUACAGUUGUAGCUACAUUUGCAUUUGGCCUUAAGAGUGACCUCAAACUUCAAAAAGUAUAAUGUUGCUGGGAUUAAGAAGUAUAUUUCUGGACUCCAAAAGCUUUUUACUAAAAGAAAAAGGCUGCAUGCAACCUGUUUCUUACUACAUGGAACUAACAAACGAAGACUGCUGUUUUCCCCACCACAGUUUGUCUGUUGCUCGGUGGUCACAGUCCUUGUGAACUAUAAACUUUCUUUUGUUUGUAGCUGUCGCCAUUCCCAUUUGAUCUCCUGCUGAAGGAAUUCCAUAAAUACCCAAAUGCAGACCUUGUUUGGUGUCAAGAAGAGCACAAAAACCAAGGAUACUAUGAUUACGUGAAGCCCAGACUCCGCACAACCAUCGACCGGGCAAAGCCAGUGUGGUAAGGACCGUCUUCUGACAGUCAGGUGCUGGAUCAGUGGGUGGAGGCCAAGCUUCAGAUAUUUGCUCUGGAGGUAGAUACAGUUGUGGCAGUCAUUCCUUCCACUCAUUCUUCUUGGACGGUAGGGGAGUGGAACGAAACGUCAAACUGAGCUAGCGAGUGACAGAGUGUCAGUUGGAAAAUGACUAUUGAAAGUCUGGGAGAGACAGAGGGAAUGAGAUGUGACAAAAAAUUAUUUAUUUAUUAAGUUUGUAUACUCAUCUUCUUUUGGAGAUUGCAGGGUGGUUUGCAAAAUAAAAUUGCAAAACGAGAACACAAAACAUGUAACGAAAACAGACAAGCAAGCAAACCAGUAAACCCAUAUAAAAGGUUACAUACUGUUAAAGGCCAAAGGGCUGGUUAUAAUAGAGGAAUGUUUGUUUACCUUCUUUCUUUCUUUUUUACAAUUAUUAAUCUAUCCCACUUUCCAAGGCAGCUUACAAGUAACAUAAAUUUGCAUAUUUUGAGAACACAAACACCGUUAACAUAUUAAAAAAUCACCAAGAUCCUUCCCACAGAACAAAGUAGUAGUUGGUGAUAGAUCACCUUGCAAGUGGUACUGCAGCUGGAGCAGGCUGGGAAAGAGUAUGUAAAAUUGGAUAGAUGUCAUGAAAAUUAGGACAGUUGUUUUAAGUUAGGAAAUUGGUAUACCGUGACCAUCUGUUUUGUUUGUUGUGGCACUUAAAUGAAUGUUUUAACUAUCUCUACUCUGGUGUGGGUGGGUUCCAAGGGAAACGUCUCUCCCUCCACAUGCCUGGUGUGGAUGCUCUAAAGUAAGAAUGCAGAAAGAGCAGCAAGUAUUUUAAGGGAGGUCUGGACUCAACCAUCUGGGAACAGGCCUUGUUUAGGGGACCCUGGGAAUGUCACAGCACUGAGCUCCAUAUGUGGGCUUACAUAACUGGACAUAGUGCUGGGAACUGAAGGGUAUUGCCCCAGUUGCUGGUUGUGGGGUACUCAAGCUGCACUGGGCACAUAAAUGACCCAAACCUAAGUUGGAGGACCUUUCUGACCCAGCAGGCCAAAUUCCUUAUCCCCCCUCACCAGUUACAUUGGGUAACUGAGAGCUGAACAAUCCUGCCCACCUAUCGGAAUUUGCCUAUGGUGGGGGGAGAAGGGGGAACACGCUGGUGAAGCAGCAUCUAGUAGGAAUGAACCACACCCAUUAGUUACAUCACUCCAGUGAUGUCAGUUGAUUGACAGGUGUGCAUGAAAAUUGGUCUGCAGGCUGGAGUUUCCCGUGGAAACCUUGUUUUAGCAAGAAAACUGGGGGAAGAGGGCAAUGAAGGUGUGGGGCAACCACUGGCAAAGAACACAGAAAACAAAAACCCGCACGUGACUUUGUGGUAGCUAACCCAGGGGCAGAAAAGCACAGGGCUGCAGGGCCCAAAGUACCGUAUUUUUUGCUCUAUAAGACUCACUUUUUCCCUCCUAAAAAGUAAGGGGAAAUUUGUGUGCGUCUUAUGGAGCGAAUGCAGGCUGCGCAGCUAUCCCAGAAGCCAAAACAGCAAGAGGGAUUGCUGCUUUCGCUGCGCAGCGAUCCCUCUUGCUGUUCUGGCUUCUGAGAUUCAGAAUAUUUCUUUUCUUGUUUUCCUCCUCCAAAAACUAGGUGCGUCUUGUGGUCUGGUGUGUCUUAUAGAGCGAAAAAUACGGUACAUCCCCGGUCUUGAACUGCAGAUGAGCAGUUAAAGGACACCAGCUACAAAUUGCCAUCUUUCUGUUUCUCCUUUCCACAUGCUAGGUAUGCUGGACGUGAACCUGCUGCCGCACCAGCCACAGGCAACAAAAAGAACCACCUGACUGAGUUGCAGCGCUUUUUGGACACUGCCUUCAACCUCGACUCUUUCAAGGGCUUGUCUUAAAUACUCUUGGACUGGUUUCCGCAGCGCACUGUGUGUGUUUCUCUGUCUGCUCACUUCCUUUCUAUGUCCUUAACUAUAGACCUUGUAAGCUAACUUAAGGCGCCUGUUAUUAAUCUCUUGUUUGCUCCUGAGGAACUGCCUCUUCAGUGACCCUGUCCAGAAUGCUCGUGUUAGGUUUUAUCUUCUGUGUGCUGUAGAUCAAACUUCUGGAACAGUGGGUUAUCACUCCAGCACAAGCCCAUGUCCUUUCUGAGAACCCUGGGGCUAACCAGCCCCAGUCCCCAGAAUGAGGGAUUUAGAGGGACUGGUAUUUGCCUUCCAAACUCCCUCUUUUGAGACUGGGAUGACUCCAGAUGAUGCCCGAGUCAUUGUCUCCAACCCAACAGUGGUUCAGGAGGCAGGCGUUGCUUUUAAAUCACAAACACAAAUGUGCCCACCUGGAAGGACGAGAGGAAUGAUGCUUUUUCAUUCCCUUUUCCUCUCCAGAAGUGUUUGAUCUGGCAUAACUCUUCAAUUGUGUAAUGAGAUUAGAUUCCCUUUCCUUAUGCACGACAACCCUAGUACUGAAAAUCCUGGGCUAGCACCCUAAAUCACUGCUGCUGUUUCUUGUGGUUUAGCAGCCUAGCAUUACCCAUGCUGAAUACACGCACAGACAGCUCAAAUUCAGGCACUCUUCUUCCAGGAGGGGUCCCUCCCCCUUUAAUGAAGAAGUUAUAACUCAGCCCAGGCACUAAUCUGUUUGCGGGAGGGGCGUGCUCUUUUCAAAACUGCCACCAUUUGUAGUCCUAAUAUCCCUUCCUGGGUAGGAACUUGGUAUACAGUGGACACUAAAUAGUCUUUUAUACAGUCACCAAAGCCACUUCUCUUUCAGCCUCCAGGUUUGCUUAGCUUUCAGGUUCUGACCAAGAGAAAGCUACACUUGGGAAUAAAAAAAUACCCACAAACUAAUGUUUUGUAUAGGAAAAUGUUGGGACUGAUACUUAGAUCACACUCUUGUCUGUAAUACCACAUGUAGAGCAAAAUUUGAGUCUCUACUAUUACUUGAGCAGAAGUUAAUGUUUCCCCCCUCUUCAUGGGCUAUAGUCACAUUGCACUUUUUUCCCCUGAGUUUCAUGCAAAUGGGAAUCUACCUUUGCUGCACACCGCUUUCAUAAAUUACUUCCAUAAUGAUUAUUUCAGUCUUAACUUUUGAGUUUAGCAAUGCUUUUAAAGAACUACUUGUGUAUAUAGAAUUGGCGGAUGAAGUAUUUUUUUUUUUAAAGAAAAGACCUAUUUUCUGUCAUUACAAAACUUUCGGAUGAGGCCUGAGUUGCAACAACUUAGCAUAAUUGAUAUGUAGCCUGCUAGAAACAUUUUUAUGUUGGUGUCUCUGACCUCCACAGAGCUUUCUAGCAAGAUAUAUACAUUGGAACCUCAGGUUAUGUUAACCUCGGGUAACGUAAACUUCGGGUUGCGAAAGCAGGAAACCUGGAAGUGCUUUGCCACAUGCGCAGAAGUGGUCUACUGGCGUGUGCGCAUGCGCAGAAGCAGUCUCUCCGGUUGCGAAAACUUCGGGAUACGGCCGGACCUCCGGAACGGAUCCCAUUCACAACCGGAGCUACAACUUUACUUGUCCCAGGAGGCUCAAACAUGGAUCUAAACAUCCUUGUCGCUGGAUAGAUUCUUUCCCUGUGUUCUCCUAGCUCUGUGCUUAGACUGUUUGAGCAGAGUUUAGGACGGCAUGCACUUCUUCUAUGAAGUAGCUUGUACCUACUUCUCAUUGGCUUUCUCCUGAAUUACACAGCUUCUCAAACACAGCCCUAAUUUGGGAGCGGGGAGAGACACAGUGAAAGCAAUUAAACAUUAUGGCUUUAAGAAAAGGGUUUUGAGGUAGUUCCAAGGAUCUUUUUGGUGAACCUCCCUAACUUUAUGUUGCUGUAGUCUUCUGCCUUUCUGGGGCCCCUUGGGUGUUGGAGCUUUCCUAGCCGUCGCCUGAGCAGGGCACCUCUCAGUAGGUAGUGUGCUAACAAGAUAGCUCAAAAUUGAUCCCACGUGAGAUUUCUUACUGCUUCCUCAUCCGUGUGCACACUGGAAUAUACUGACUGAUCUUAGGAACGCUUAUAACUUCCGCCUGCAGUCCAGAGGCUCAAGCAUGGCCACAGUCAAUCCCCCUCUACUUUGUGGCCUUUGCAACAGGAAUUGAUGCCAUUUCUUGGCUUGCUCUUUUUUUUAACCCAUUGCUGAUAUCUGGCAACUGCUUUCAAUCACAGUAAUUACACAGUGGUCUGCCAGUGAUAGAAUGUACCUCAGUGCUUUGACUGUCCCUUUUUUCCCCCUCCGUGCGGUCAUCACAAUGUCAUUUGGUGGCAAUGGCAGCAAUGACUUGAUUGGCAAGGCUGUUGAAGAGAGAAAUUCUGACCUAGGUUGAGCCUACCCUCUUGGCCAGAACGCAUAGCAUGCGCCCACUUGUUGCACUUCCGCCUAAGCCUGUUUCUAUUCUGUGUCAAUCUCCUGAGCUUCUGAAUGUGGUCUGUGUAUGCUGCCAUGCCAUGUCAUGUCGGAGCUUUCCCAUCCCUCGGAGAAAAGAAAACCUUAACAUCUUUGCUGUCUUUGACAGGAGAUGUCCAGCUUUAUAUUCAUCUGGCUGACCCCUGGGCAUUACUGAGAGACAUACAGCUUCCUCCUGUCCCCAUCUAUCUUCUCUGUGUGCUGCCAGCCAUACCAAAAGAGUGUGCCAUCUUGUGAAUAAAUACUUUUCUAUAAUCUAAGAAUCUGUGCUGCUUCACUAGUGGGAACAGCACAUUCCAAAAGUGAUGCCCACUGUUUGGGGGUAGGCUGUCAACAAAAGGGUUUAUGUGGGACUGCAAUAUUUGUUCUUUAGCUCUGCAGAGAGAGAGAGAAAAAUCCUAGUGUCUAACCUUUGCCAAAGCCAGGGGCCAGUGGAGAGAGGGAGGUUGCCUGUUCAGGGCUAGCGCUACCCUAGGGCUCCCCUCAAACUCACAGCCUGACUUUUAUUUAUUUUGGUUUUAAAACAAAAACAAAAAAUCAGACAUGUCUGGCUUAAACAAUAAAGCCUGAUCUUCUUCCCAAAGUGUCUCCAGCUUGCUCAGUUGUCCGAGAUUCAUUCUUUCACCCAGUGCACAUGACACAGGCCCCUGUUGAGGGCAGGUGGGAUGGAAACCAGGAAGGGCCAAUUCCGUCUGCAGUUUUGCACACUCCUGUGAAAACGUAUAAAAUGACUUGAGCAAGAGUCAUAAUCUGUGCUUAUCUGAAGCUAUUUAUUACAGUUAGUGCUCAAUGAGCACAUCUUGACCCUGGUCUGAAGACCAUCCAUCCCCAAGUAGGCACACUAAAAGCUAAAACGUCAUUUUGAAUCGGUCCAACCUGCAAGUCCAGGUGGUCCAGCAAGGCAAGUAUAUCUCAAGGUAAGUACUGAAUCGACAGCAGCAGCCACUACUGGGCUUCAGUGCAGCUGAAUUAUCCUGACAUGUUCGGAGGAGUCAGUGCCAGCAAUAGGAUGCAUGGAAAGUGACUUCUGAAUUUUUCUCAUUCACCUUUGGUUAACAAGCAUCACAAAAUAUGCAGCAAAGUAAAGCAUGGAAAUAUAGGCUGUUAGACCUUUAAAAUAUGUCCUUUAAAGUGAGCUCCCAAGUCUCUCUCUUACCCCAGCAUAUAAAAAAGACCACACAUUUGGUAAGUUACAAAAUAAGUUUCCUUACAAACUCUCCAAAGGUCAGAUCCAUGUGUUUCAGAAAAUUGCACAGGCAGUAAAACAUGGCAUAGUUAUGAAAUGGUGAAAGUUUCUAAAUUAUUGGUAUAGGAACUUGAGCGUGGUUUGUGAGAGCCAUGCGGUCUGAGCUGGAGCAGCCAGAUCAGAUGUUCUCACAUGGUGAACUCAAUAGGAACAAAGACUUGACUACCUAGUUCCUCCCAAGGUGAGCUAAGCCUGGCAGGAUAUGGUCUUUAACACCUUCAUGCAUUAAUCAGACUUCGAGCAUAUUGGUUAUUUGAAGUUGGUUAUCCCACGCCUAGAAAGAGGCGUUUUUUAGAGAGAGAGAGAAAACUCUUUUUCUUAAAUGCUCCUAUAGAGUUGGCUCAUGAAGUACAGUAAUGAAAGAAAACCAGGACAACUUUAGUGUCUACCAGCACAGUUUGGGGUGGGGGGAGAGCUUUGAAUUGAAAAGGAGUCCCUGAUUAACUGGGCAGCAGAUUUCUGAAAACAAAGUUGGCAUUUUAAAAGACGUAUCCCCUCUUUUUCCUCAUGCAUCAGGGAAUGCAUCUUUUAAAAUGCUGCUAUUACACGUGCAUCAUCUGAAAACAAAGAAAAUAACGCUCCUUCAGGCAUACCAUGUUUAUUUGCAAAUGUAUGCAGAUUUAAUAAAUAGGUUAACUAAGUAAUAACUCAGUGUUAGAAAUGUAAUUUGUUCUAGCCACAGAGAACAUGAAAUGAGUUAGAUGGUGGCCAACCCACUCCUAUUUCCUGCUAAUCAAGAGGUUUGUCUUGCUCUCCUCUUUUCAUUGGAAGUCAAGACUGGUGAUUUCAAAGCAAGCAGAUUUUGUUGGAGCAGUUUCUUAGCUCUUCUCUCACCCCCCCACAGUGCUGUUAGUGUGUACAGAGUGCCAGUGUCUAACAAGUACCACUGAAACUGCAGUGCUUAUGUUUCCAGGCCAAGGGCAAAUGGCUUUCAGAGGGCAAUUUUAUCCAGACUAGCAUGGGAUGAAGGUAAAAUUCCCUUCCAUCUGCUGUGGUUGCGAUCUUGGCAGUGGGGGUGCAGUACAGCUGCUAUUCAAAAACACUGCAGAUGCAGCUAUGAAAAUGCAAUUGAAUAUAUAGUCUGGCAGUCAAGAUAGGCUAGAAGAAUUACUUGGCUUCUACCCACUAAGAAUAAAACAACUUUGUAGAUCAGGGCCAAAAGGAACCGGUGGUCCUCUAGCUAUUGGUGUCUGGCAAGUCCAUCAACUCCAACUGGCAUGGCCAAUUAAUCGGGUGCUGGGAGUUGUUGACCGACUAGAAUGGGUUUCCCACCCAUGUUGCAAAUGGUUCUGAAAACUGAGCAAGUGCUUGUGCUGUCUAGACACGUGUCCUUUUCAAAUGGAAUUUUUUUCUUCUUUCCAUUUUCCACUCCCAUCAUAAUGCUGGGGCAUAAGAGAUAAGUGCUCUAUUUUGUUCUGCACUGGCACAAUGCAGAGGAACAGCAGAAACUUAAGUUGCCAUUGCAUUAGCGGUAUAAAUAGGACAGGAAUGAUUGCCCAAGGUGCAAAUUAACCGGUGCUGUUUGAGAAAACAGGUGUGAAUUCCGCAUGGUUGGCACACCAUGAAAUAGCAGCAGACCUUGCAAGAAAGUGAUGGGGCGACUGACUGCAAGCUCUGGUCUUUGUACCACUCCACCAUUAGGACUUGAGCACCACGGUGUGUUCUCCACACUUUUAAAUCUAGAAUAGCUCAGAUGUCCCGAUAGUUUUAGGAACCCCCAGCUGGCAGAGCAAUCUUGGCCUUCCAGAGGAUCCAUUUUGGUUAAUGAGGCCAUUUCCACAGAACCACACUCCUCUGCUGUUGUCCUGGUGAUAUGUGCUGGUGGAUGUGGCUCAAUUCUUUGACGGCCGUGCCCAUUCCUGUACAUCCCUUUCCAUUUGGCCGGGCCCUGCAGUUCCCCUGAUGGGGACUGCUGCAUGCAACCAAAGCAGCAGGAUCAUCAGCUGAUUCUAAGGGCAGCAAAUUGUUUUGGUGGCAAGUGGGACUAGGCAUGUGACUGGCAAAGUAAUUUCGUAUUGCACCACAAGUAACCAGUCCAAAAAGCCUUUGGAAGGGGUGGUGUUAGUUCACUUGGCAGGUGCCUAUUUUUUAAAAAGAGAUGCUAUACAGAAUGGACUUGGCUAGGGGCAGGAGACAGAACUCAGUCCCACCUGUGGCCUUUGUGUGAGGUCUCCUGCAUCUACAGCUGUAAGGAGAACUCAAGCUGUAAAAGUUCAUCACUUGAACACACUCAUUAACAGCCUGCUAAGGGACAGUUCACGGUGCUGACGUGACAUACCAAAGUGCUUAAAUGUCUUGAGAUAUAACAGACCUGGGAAGUGUCUUAACACAUCUCCCAGUUGUUACCUUGAAAAUAGUCCAUGAACCCCUUUUAGGAGGUUUGGAAAAGUUGUAGCACCCAGAUGCUUGGAGCCUUAAUGUAAUGCGCCUCCAGUGUACAAUGCUGGACGAUGGGUCGUAAUGGAGCCACCAGAUGGCAGCACAUUAUUGGCAUAGAUUUGUUGUUUUUUUAAAAAAAUAUUUAUUAAAAUUUCAGAAGAAAAAGAUUACAUU